UAAUUAAAAUUGUAAGGGGAAGUGUCACAGCCAGAUUUCCACAUUGUCUUCAUUUUGGGAGAUAUUAGUUCAAUUGUCUGAGAGAUUAGGUUAAAAGAUCGCUUUUCAGUCCUUCAUAAAAACUGCAUGAACAUUGUGAUCAUUGCUUUAUCACAGCCGCUCACUUUCCCUCUCGUCUCUCUGAAUACAGCCUGGCUCAUCAGAAGCAUUAUGGUGUUCUGUGAAGGCCGAAGUCCUGUAAAUGCAGUGAGUAACUCUGCAUUAUAGACAAGCCACACUCAGCGAAGAAGAGGACAUCCCAGCGCAGAUACUUAAGUUGGCUGAAUUAUUUACACAGAAAGUCUCCAUGAGGGUCAGCUAUAUGAAACCGCAGUGUGGUGCCACAUUCCUGCCGUUAAGCCCACUGAGAAUUAAAGAAGUGUGUAUUUUUCAUGAGGGUCUCUGACGGUUUUCUCGUCUUAGAAGUGUUUGCAUCAGCAAUCAUGGCAGCAAAGUUGGAGUAAUAUGUAAGGUCCAUGUCUGAUAUGCAUACAGAUACAAACAGAGCCUCCAGUUUGUUAGGUCAGCAUUUUCAGGAGGCAAAGGAAUGUGAAUUAAACCUUGCAGUACCACUGGGAAUCAUUGGGAAGAUUCCCAGUGGUACUGUGACAGAAUCCACUGGAAGAUGAUGGAACUGUUUUUGGGACAAGAUUAUUGAAGAUUGUUAGAAACUGUUGUGUUAACACAAUGUUACCUCAGCUGGGCACGGGUACAAAUCACCCCCCAAAAAAGAGCCAGAGAGAGAUCAGACAGGAAUUAAAUGUUCUUUGUAAAGCAGGAGGAGAAGUUGUGUUGUAUGCAUGUCGUUUGUUUGAGCGCCCUCAAGUGGAUGGGUUAUUUGAUGUCCGUCAUGACAUAAAGGAUGCAUAUACUGUAUAUAUAUUAGGGUAGUUACGGUUUUAUCCAUUUUUCAUUUUUAGAAGAAUCAUAGUUGAGCCUUUAGGGAAACAAGCUUAAUUUUAUUGGUUGUUCAGUAUUUCCCAGCAUGUAUAGUGGGACAGAGUGCAGCAGCUUGCAAAGGUCAGUGAACUUUAUUAUUGAAAAUUACUUUAAAUUCACUUUAUAAGGUUAGAUGAAGUGGUUUGGGGUUUGUUGUGUGUUUUGUUUUCUAUUUAUUGCAUGCCUUGGUAUUCUAACUUACCAGUAAUUGUUAGGAUUGGGUCUAUAAUUGAAAAUGGAUUUAAAUGUAAUCAAAAGUCCUUUAUUUAUCAUUUUUUCCAGGAAAUGGGGUUGUUGCAUUAUAAAAAAAAAAAGUGAAAAAAGAAAUGUGCAUUUUCUCAAUUAUACACUACAUCUACAGUGUGCGUUGGGCAUUUGUUAUGUUGCACUUAAGUGUUUAUAUAUCCGGAACCCCGUUUGCGUAAUUGGUACAAAUACAACACAAGAGUUGACAGGCACAUGUUAAAUGCAGACAGCAUAAAUGUGUACCUUAAAAAAAGAAAUAUUAAAGGUCAGCUGUUAAAAAAAACAAAAAAAAAAAAACGCUCAAAUAUAUCAGUUAAGAACAGUUAAGAAAAUAAAUCAUAGCUUUGGAAGUGGGUCAAGUACUCAUACUAUCUGCUAAUGAGUCUAAUGGAAGUUGGCACAAAACUGAAAAUGGCCUGUUUUGUCUCAAUGAAAGAGAUCUGUAUCUACGUUGUGGUUGAAGAGGUUGUGUGAGGUGUCUAUUUGUAGUCUUUCUUUUUUAGUCAUAUUGCUGUAGAUGCUGCUCAAAGCUGCAGGUCCAGUCCAAUGAUUUUACUGCCUAAUAUGAUGAUUUUGUUCAGGGGGUUGAGGUGUAAGCUGCUCAGAGCACAAUACCAGACUGUUACGUUAACAGUGACGAUGGAUUCAGUGACGCACCUACAGAAAGCGAGUUAUACUGACCUGUGUGGACCUGCACUUGAAAGAAGAAGAGGUGUUGUUGACAUUUGGAAAGGGUGAUUUGACUGUCAGCUUUGAAUGUGACUUUGUUCUCAGAAGAAGUAUUUAAACACCACAACCUUUCUGAGCUGCCCUUAUUUGUAGACUAAACUGGACAUUUUUUGUUUAAAAAUAAUAAUGAUAAUAAUGAUUUAAAAAAUACAAUUUUAGGACUUAAUUGUGUCCACUGUCCAUGCAAUUAGCAAUGAAGGUAAGAGGCAGGUCCAGUUGGGUGGUCAUAGGUGGAAUAGGCUCCCCUUGAAAUUUGAUUGGCCACCCCAGAUGUUAACUUAAAAUCCUAAACUCUUGUUGGCUGCUUGUUUUUUGAAAGUGUGGCAGAACUGUGUUGUUGCAAGCUGCUUCUGGUGUCCUUAUCAUUUAAAUGGACAAUACAAUACAAGAACUUUAUUUAUUCCAAAUGAGAAAUUCAUUCAUGCAUGUCAUUAAUUAAUGAAAUUCAUUCCUUAAAAAUGUGAUUUAGACUAAUGUUAUUUUGAGUCUUUAAGGAUUAAAGUUUAGAAGUUUGAAGUGUUGUAAUGUUGUUGUGAUACUUUACAAUUGAAAAAAUAUCCAUAACAGUUGUAUAAUAUUAUCAUGUCAGCAUUUAAAGUUGCUCCAACUCUGCUGAAAGACUUCUCAAACAGUCUUAGUUUAUUAUGUGUAUGAUUUCAUAUCCCCAAAAGUGAGGCAACUGUACUGAUUUGAAAACAUAAAUACAAAAAUAUAAGGAUAUUUAAUUAAAUCAUAAAUAAAUUUCUGUCUUUGCAGGAAAUCACUCUGGACUUCACACCCCUCUUCACCACCUCAACCUGAUGACUGAAGGAGAGGGUCGUCGGCAUACAGGGACACAUGAAACAACACAAACCAUGCAGGGUGGGUUACAAGCCAGGCUUUUUGAGCUCUUGUUUUCAAAACAAUGUCAUCUGUCAUUUUUAGAAUCAUCCCUUCCUCUGAAUCCCUGAACAUAAGCCACCCUACAUAUCAGAUUAAAAAAAAAUAAGAGGUGUUGUUUCCCCUCUCUGUGUUAGACGGGGACUGAGGUGUUUUAAGUACAACUUACAUAUUGAAGAGGCUGUGAUGCUGCUUUCUCCGCACUCUUGAAUUAAACAGAGAUAUUUAUGCAGAGCUAGACGGCUAAUGCGAUUCUGUUUGGAUAUGAAAUCUGCGGAGAGACAGCAGAUGAGAUGUCCACCUCCCGGGAGGAGGCUGGGAAUGAAGCGCAGUGGAGAAGUGGCUCAGACAGACAGGAACCGCUCUGAUUAGAGGCCUUAUUUCUUAACUGGUUUUUACUCUGCCUCCAUCCUGUUUAAUCCUUUUGUUUCAGAAAUCAUCUGCCCUCUGCUUGACUUCUCCAACCACCACCUUGGCUCUAAUCCCUGGUUCAAUACAGUGGUACAGAAGAAAAUCCUACAACCUGCUUUUUAUACUGUGCACCAAAUAUAUCAGUCAGAAGUACUCAGAAGUAAUCAAUAUACUAGGUUUUUGAUCCCACUUCUAUGUCACUCCAAAUGUUCAGACACAAGGCCGUUUAAGCUGAGAGCUUCUGUGUACUGGCAUAAAGAUGUAAAUAUAAGUGCAAAAAUUGAGAUGAAGAAUGUCGAGGUGCUUAAAUACAUUUUCCUCUUCUGACUCUAAAUCUGUUGGAAAAAAAAAAAUCAAGGAAAUGUUGCUGCGCAUGAGGUGACACUUAAUUUCUCACUUUCAGACUGCUUUCUCAGCCGCUCUAUGACUUAUAUAUGCCCGAUUUUUUAGCACUAACAUUUUAUUUUCUGACACCAGAAAGAAAAACAUUAUGUUUUCCUGAUAUCAAACAAAAAAACACUUCUAUAUGCAGCAAACAACACAGAAAGAAAUCAAGACAGCCCAAUCAAUCAGCCUGGGUGACUUGAAUUUAAUUCAUUAUGCACUCUCCCUUUGAAAUGCUCAGCACAAUAACAAUCACUUCAGAAUAAGAGAGUCUAUUUUCCCCCAUUAUUCCAGCUGAAUAUUGCAUUUCUGUGUUUGUCUUUGGAAGCACUGAUAUUGUUGCCAUGGGCAACCGCACCAUCCUAGCAGCUCUCUGCUGCCUCUAUAUAGAAAGGUUUUUUGGUUAGUUAAUCUCUUCUGGGUGGGAAUGAUACUGCAUCUGGGAAACAGCCCACCCACUAUGGUCCUGCUGCUAUUCUAUAAGCAGUAAGUGAUCCUCACAGCCCCCUGCCUCUGGUUUACCUGUUUAACAACAAAACACAAUUCAGUCAGACAACUCACAUUUAUCCUUUGACCAGUUAACUGCAGCAGCAGAGGAUUGUUUGUAAGUAGGCUCCCACCUCAGCACUUAUUGCAGCUCAACUUAAACAUGCAGACAAGCAACAGCCAAGAUCUUUAACCCUCUAGUUUGAGCCUGCAGAUGGAUGCUAGGGUAGUGAUGGGGCUGAAAUGUAAAUACAGCACUUAUACAUGGCAGUAAUGGCAAUAUCCUGUUGCUUAAAAAGACACCAAAUUGCAAGGAUAUGUUUUGUCAGGUGAUCAGGUGAUCACAUAUGAUGUCAAUGCAGCUCAAGUUCCCUGCCUGGACUAGCACACAGGCUUGGCUUCAUUUAUCUCACAACAGAGCUGAUAUCUGGAUAGUCUGAACACAGAAAAUGUAUCAGAUUUUUCUCUUUAAACCAGCUUUAUAUCUUCUCUCCAUCUGACACUGAAUUUAUCAUUUUUAAAGCAGAUGUCGCGUUUUCAGAUUUUCAUCCGGAUUUCAUUGUGGCUACUUUUUCCCGAGGCCUGCUCCGCUCCACAUAGCCUGAUGUGAAACAUUAACCAAAUAUAGUAAAUGAACUAAAUCCAUGGGCACUCAACUUGACAUUCUCCUUCACUUCAUUGUGCUAUGCGCUGCUUUUAUGCUAAAAGCUCCAAAGGACAGAACAAAACAAAUGGUUGCCCGAGACCUCGUCCACAAGCCAGCUGGCUCCCGCUUCUGACCCGGAGCCAUUUCUGAUCCACUCCUCCCCAACAGCUUGUGAUGGGAACAGCUAAGGAAUGACAGAUCUUUUGCACUUGGUGUACUCUGAUGAAUAUUUAGGCAAAUCAAUCUGUGUCUGGACCAGUGAUUUCUCACUAUCUCACUGUCCGGCAUGAGGAACUGUGUGCUCAUCUGUGAGGAAAAUUCUCACCAUCGGGAAUAAUCAUUUUCACUAAUGCAUUAAAUGAGCAAAACUGUUAUAUAAGGAAGACUAAAAAUAGUUGGAUCUAAAGACAAAUAAUAGACCUUCUCUAAUUUAUGCAUUGCAAGGAGGCCUAGAAAUCGCCUACACAAGCCCACAGUUUUUCAACCAUAUUGAGUCAGGCCGUCUUUGCAUUAUUAUUGAAUCAUUCUCCAUAAAUGCUUUGAGAUCCGUGCAUGUUAUACCCACAAUAACUGACAAACACAUGCAGGAGAGUUGCAGCACUUUAGGGUAAGUAAAACCAAAGUUCAACAAGAAAAGCUUAAAAAAAACAGCAGCUUAAAAAGCUCAAAAUUCUUUUUUUGAUUCAAGAAAACAAAGUUGGUAUAGGUUAAAAAGUAAAAAAAAGUGGAAAAAAAUCCACCUCCCAGAAAUUCUUGUUAGACUGAAACACAUCAAAGAGUGCUGAAAAUGAAAGCCAAAAGAUGCAUUCAUUUCCCUACAGUAGACACAUCCGGGGGCGCAGCGAGGCAGGAGAACGGGACAAUGAAAGAAAUCACUCCCUUUCUUGUUCAUCUCUACAACACAAACUGUGGGUCUCUCUGUAAAGUGUAACAUCAACCUUGGCAAAACAGCAUCCUGCUGACUUAAAUUCCUGUUGGCAGCUUAGUAGGAGAACGCACAUACACAAAAAAAGCCUGUGUAGCAGUGGUAGCUCAUAAUCAGGGAGAGCAGUGUGUGGUGUUAUCAACAGUGACAGGAUGCAGUGACGUUGGGGGUCCACUGGGAGACGCAUUAGAAUUGCUGCCAUGGAGGGAUACUAAGUAGAAAACAAGGGUCCUCUCAUCUGAUGAGAAAUCCUUUCUACCUGUGUACUUUUAAAAGAAGCUGUCAUUCUCAUCCAGCAGAAAAAGCUGAAUACUGCCAAGUCAGGUUUUAACGUUACAGUAAAAACUGAGAUUAAUUAUCCUAACUAUUAAACAAAUGCCACUUCGGUCAGCUGUUUACAGGUAAGUUGAAUAAAAUGUACCAAAUGUGCAUUUAUGUGUCACUAACAGUGUCUAAUUUAAUGAUUUCUUCUUUUGAUCAGCUGUUCCCACCACCACUGGUCUGUGGUAUUCCUGAUGAAGCUAAAUCCUCUUGGAGGAUUACUUUCCACUGGGGCAGAUCAACUCAAUCUAGCAGACCCAUGGGAGCAUAAGGUGAGGAGUUUGCCCUGGAAAUGAAUAAAUUCCUGGGAAGUAGCAUUUUUACGUUCACUUUAAGUACUCUCUAUCACUUUGUCUUCUACUUUUAUUCACUUUAACUAAAAUCCUCUCCGAGGAGAUGUCAAGAAUGGAAAUGAAAAGGCUAUUAAACAGUCUGGUUCCUUAUCUCUUUCAUUGUUAUUUGAUUGUAAAUCAGCCAAAUUUAAGUGUCAAUUCUUCUGCUCCCGUCAAAGGUAUAUUAAUUUGAUAUUAAAUACCCACUGAUUUUUAAUGGGUUAUAUUAAAUCAGACUGUUCAUACUGAAGUCUUCAUUUGGAUUUAACAUUACUCUGACAAAAUGUAAUGUUUAAUAACGACUUAAAACUCUACUGUAAAUGAACAAAUCACCGCCCAUGGAUCCUUUAGUUGAUAUGAUUUACAGCCUGAGGCAAAUCCAGUGGAUUCUUGCAGAAUUUCAUAACAUGUACAGCUCCAUUACAUCACAAAAUACAAAACGCAACAAGCAUGUCUGCUGUCAGCUGUAUAAGGAAUUUAUGAACUUAUAUGCAGACAGUUUACAUGAACCGCAACAGCUCUUGCAUCCACCCCCACUCCCAUCUCCCUCACUCGCCCAUUCAUUUCCCAUCAUACAUGACUGCACAACUUGCUCCCUUGAGCCAUCAAUAACUCAGCAUUUAUGAUCAACAUGUGAUACCAGUGCCACUCUGAAAUGUGUCUCUAUGAACACAUGAAACACCACCUACAUGAGAAACAUACAGAGAUAGGCAAACACACAGCAGCAUCCGUCGGACUCACCCUGGCAGCUUUGGCAUCUUCACAAAGCUGAACACAUCCAUGUGUGCUGCAGACUGCAGUCAAAGCUACAAAUCUACCAUCUACUUCACUCUGGCUCCAUUGUCCCAACACUCUUUGGCAGCGAGGAAUAAAUAAUUCAGGAAAAAAGUGGAGCCUCCACAAGUCAGGUGGAGAGAUUAGUCCUGUUGUCUGUGCUUCUGCAUGGCUGAGUGAUUGCUGUGUCCUCGCCUCGGCAGCGCAAAUCCACAGCCCCGUGGAAAAGGAUCUGGCAGAGCAGCUUCUCCCCCUUGGUUACAUGCCUGUGUUUGCUGCGUUAAGCCACCUUCAUUUAAUUUCCAUCGCGGUGGAAUGAUGUGCGGGAGCCGCGCAGUAACAACAGCUUUGGAGGGAGGCAGAGAGAGCCGGAGCCAGGGGCAGAGAGGAGAGAGAGAGAAAGAGAGAGGGAGGGAGGGACAGGGGUGGCGGUGGGAGAUGAGAGUGGAGGAGAGAGGAAUGUGAGAGGAUGUUGUGUGAGUGUUUGUGUGUAUAUGUGUGUGUGUGUUUGUGUGUAUGAAGAGCCAAAAGAAUUACUACAGAGGGAUGCAGCCCAAGCUUCCAAGAAUUCCCCAAAGGCUAACCUCAUCAAUCAUCAACCAUGAGGUGGGUUUGCAGACAGCAGGGAGAGGUUGGAAAAGGAUUGGGGAAGGGGGGGUGGAGGUAUGUCAGAGGCACACUGCAUGAUGGGCUCAUAAUGUGAAAGCUAAGAGGAGCCGUGGGAGCAGCUGGACAGACAGGAGGACCUAAUGUGCCCUCGCCCCAGCUGAGGUUUGUGCCUCCAAGCAGCUGCACAUUAGGAUGCCCCUACUGUACACUGCAUUCUUCUCCAACCUUUAUAAAAGAGUUCAGCUGCUUUGUGCUCACGCUCAAUGAGGCCAUUCAUGAGAGGUGACUCCACAUUUGAAAGAAAAAAAAAAGAAAAAAAUCCCACCACAACUCUGAGCUAAUGGACACCAAAGAUCAGCGCUGUUAGAUCACCUUGUGCGCAAUAAAAGCAGAUAAAAAGACGAGGGUUUGUGUGAUUAAUCGGCGCCCAAAGGGAGAAGAUGAGAAGAUGCUCCUCUGUUUGUUCUCACAUUAUGUGAUUCAUCGCGCCUCAAGUCGCCUGCUGCAUAUUAACAGAUGCUUCAAGUCUGUUUUUCUUUCUGGUAUAUAUUUGAUUGAAAAACAUCUCUAUAGAUUUUUUUCAUAUCUGCCUCUUAUGUGAUUUAUACUAACAGUGAAUUACACUGUGUUUGGGACUUGAGGUGCCAAUAAAGUAGAUCCUAAACUGAUUAAGAUUCAAAUGACUCCAGCUGCACCACAACCCAUCCAAUCCUAACAUAUCUGUGUCUAUUCCCUUAAUAGGAAGAAUCAUAAAUCAAACACCACACAGAUGAAGCAACCCUGCUGAAAACUUCCCAAGAGGCAAUCAGCCUCGCCUCUGAUCCGAGGAGGUUUGAUAUUUCUUCCUGUGGCCCAGACAGUUUCGUUAAAAGGAACUUCCCACAGUAGAGUAGACAAUUUAUCCUGAUCUGUGAUGUGCCUACAGGAAUCCACAGCCAGAUAAAGCUAGCCUUACAUGUAUUUGAUAAAAGAGGCACCUACUCUUUAUGAAGUGUGAGUUUGGAUGCAGCUAUUUAUCUUCCCCGAUAAAUAAAGCUUAAAAAGUCAAUAUCAGUAAAAUAUCUAGAAUACUUUGGCCUAGUCCCAAUAGUAAAACUUCAUAGGUGAAAGGAGAUACCUUGUUAUAUUCACUGUAAAUCUCAGCUUGGACUUUGACAGAAUAGUAAAUGCUCUAAUCAAUAAAAAUGUCAGCUGCUAAUGGGUAAAUAAAUACAAAUGCACCGAAUACUAGCCAAGCUGAGGAGUUUCGAGCUACCAUUUGUUAUUGCUACCGUAGCAGAGUAGCAGCCAUCCUAUAUUAAAAUGCCACAACUUAUAAGGCUCUGCAGGGUGAGUCAAUGUGCCUUUGCUGAGAGUGAUACAUGCAAUAAAGAAUGUUGUCACUUCCACUCAGGCUCAGGCCUGUUUGCUGCUGCAGAAAGGAUGCAACGAGAUGGAUAAAAAGGUGAAGCUACCGAUUCCCCCUGACAGAUUUAAGAUUUGCCUCCAAAUCCCAGAGGAAAAAUUGUUUAAAAAAGGAGUGAGUCAUUAUGCUAACCACAUUGUGAAAACAACAGUUUCAGCUGAUGAUACAUCUCUGAGGGAACAGGCCGUCUGUUUUUUUGUGGAGCACACACCAGACAUUGAGGAUGCGCUGAUGAGCAAAGAGAACAUGUCUGACAAAUUGCUUUAAAUGCAGCCAUGGAGUCCCGUGGAGGGAGGAUUGAGAGACUCAGCGUAUUCUGGACAGUUAUGUUUGUCCAUGUGGGCUUUCGGCCCAGAGGCCAACACGAGUGGCACAGGAUAUUAGGGUCAAACAGGAGUGAGAUCUAAGGAGACUACGGCAGAAGCUUUGACCGAUAAAACCCUGCUGCCCCGCUGAUCCCUAACUCUUUGCUCUCUCCGUCCCCUUUUAAAACAGCUGAUUUCACUCAUUCUGGCACACUUGGCCACUUAAAACCCAGCAGUGCUCGAAUUUUGCAAGCCCUGCUUUUGGAUCACGUUGCUUGCCUUUAAGCAUAACCCCUUUGCAUAAAUUGCUAACCAUGCUAGAUAGCACAGGCAUAAAUGCAUUAAGCUAAAAAGCAUCAAAACAAUGGAUUUAAUCAUGAAAUGUCCUGAGAAUGUUUUCAUCCAAAGUGUUGUAGUGCAGCUUGAGCAGCAUUAUAGACAGCAGUGUGCAGUGGAGUGAUGUGACUUUGUAGCUUUUACCGCCCUCUGAUCCCAACUUAGCAUUAAUGGCCCCUGGACCUCAACCAGAUGUGUGUCAGAGAGCACCACAGUGAACUCCCCUCAGAAAAACAACAACACACAACCCUCUUAUCUGCAGUGCUUUGUGUUGUCUGUGUCUGCCUGCUUACAGCUAACUAUGAGCCACCUCGGUAUCUUAAGUUCCCCAGUUUUCAUUCAGUGUGGCACAUAUUGCACCCUGACCACAACUGACUUACUCAGUGAAUUAAACAGCAUUAAGUUGUGAGUUUAAAGAUCCGAAUGCAGUUUUACCAUGAAUAUUCAGGGGUGUGACUAAUUGGGAUAAGAAGUGAAGUGUUACCUGGCACAGUUAUGCUACGCUUUGAAAAGAUUUGGCAAGAUGGAUACAUCUGCUGAUAAAAUUCAAAGUGAAAGUAGGAGGCUGUAGCUUGUUUUGGAGGGAGUGAAUGGCACAAAAUAAAGGCAGUAUUGUUAAAAAUGCUCUACACAUACAGCUCUGCGUGCCUGGUUUUUAUUGGGGUUACAACACAUGCUCGUGUGGGUCACUGUCAGGCUAUUCAUCCUCAACAUCUGCUUAAAUCCUGGUCAGUAACUGUGCUGGCCUCUCCCAGUUCUCAGCUAGCAGGAUACAGCCAAGAUACUUCAUGGAUGUUCAGCAGUCUAGCAACAACAUGUUUAGCCUGCAAACCAGAAGCAAUCUGUGUGCUGCAUGUUUUAUUUGUUCUGGCAGAAGCAGCUGUUGUCCUCCUGCAUGGACAGAUUUCCACCCAUCCUGGUGUAAAUAGGGCUAAUCAUGACUGCCUAUCUGUGAAAGGGAGCUGUUAAGGCAUUUUUACAAACAAUCAAGAUGGCUGCCACUGAUGUGGAAUAUUCUGAAUUUACUUUUUUACAAGUAUAAAAAACACUGGAUAGUGUUUUAGUUAACACUCAGAUAACAUGUUACAUUGUGUGUUUGAUACUACUGAUCUGUAGUAUCUAUUAUGUUGAACUCAAGACCCAUCUGUAAAGGAUAGCUGACUUCCUAUAGCUAUAGCUUCCUAUAGCCUCAGCAUUCAGCUUCUUCAUGAGUUAUUGUUGCUUACCACAGUUCUUUGAGUUGGAUAAAAGUUCCUGUACUUCAGAAAGCCAGGCCAUCAUUGUAGUCAUCUUUUUGUUCGGAUUCCACCUGUUUAUCUAACUCUGCAGACUUGUGAGUUUCUUUUAAUUUGCUAAUACUCCUUAGCAAAACCAGACAAGGGCGCAAACAUUGCAAUGCGCACCAUGGGAAAUGUAUGAACACCCAAGAGAUUAUGAAAUAUUAAAAGGAUAGUUAGGGGCACUGGCAGCUGGUAGGAAGCCCUGGUACCCCUUGAAAGUCCCAGAAUGUCCGAUCGUCCUGGAUACUGAAGCAUACCUACAAGCUUAAUGCAGUUCAAAGAGCUUAAUGUUUGCAGCAAUUUAUAAAUGGUUUUUGAAAUAAAAACACAACUUUGAUGUUUAAGAUAACUCUGCAGAUAAAAAAUCUGCAGGGUUAUUCUUCAAACCACUCUUCUUUUCACUAAAGAAAUUUAUUAGCUUACUGCUAACUUGGUAAACGUCUAGCUAAUCUACCUCUAGCUUGAUUUGGGAUUUAAUGCAAUACCAGGGCACCGGCCUUUGUCACACAACUGGUAUCUUGAAUAACCCUGUAGUAGACUUGCAGCAUAUUCAUGCACUGAGCUUGCACCAUUGGCUGUAUACGCACUGAAGAUGUGUUAGGCUACAUCAUGUAAAGCUCAGUUAGACAAAGACAAGUCCAUGUCACCAUGUUGAGCUUUUUCAGGCCUCACCAAGCACUUAAUACAAUUAUACAUACACAGUGCACCUUCCGCACUGACACAGACAAUAUCAUUCCGGUUAGAGCUUUGAGUUGAAGAUAAAAGUUGCAGCAGCUAGCCACAUGGUAGCCUCAGCACAGUGAUUCAGCCUGCACAAUAACUUGACACUUAAAAUGGUAAAUAUAAAUUGAAUGCUUAUAAGAACUAACAACUUACAUAGUGUUCAAAUACAGCUGUGAAACUUCAAAUCCAAGAGGGAAAUGCACUGCUCUCGUUAUUGUAUUCUGUCCACCACCUGUGACAUAAUCUAUAGCCAUGCAACACUGAGGUUUUAAAAUCACUGCUUUACCUCACACUGUUUUUAGCCUCACACUGGUUUCAGCCUGUUUACUGUCACUCAGGUACAAGAUACAUAAAGUAAAAUCUAAAACAACAAUUCUUUGAACCUUUGUGGAAACCCUUGUUUUUGCCUGAGGAACAGACAGUACGUGAGUAAUCUGUGGCCUUUAGUCAUCUGUUUGUUUAAUGUACCCAACACUUACAAAAUCAGUUCUUUGUGUUUCAAAUGCCAUAACUAAAUGAAUCAUAUUUUUCUUUCAACUUAAUCAAUUUAGGGCAGGACUGAAAAACUCAACUGUUUUUCUUUCUAUCUCCACACAUAUAGUUGCCCCUUACAAUCAAAACUCUUUGUAAAAUAACUACCAGUGGUGCACUCAGAGAUAUAUGAGUAAUCAGCUCUGACUGAAUAAUAAAGAAAGCACAGCACUCUACUCACUGAAUGACAGUGAAGAUGCCGAGUUCGUUGUCGUCUGGGUCCAUAGCUGAUGACAAGUCUUUAAUGCGGUGCUUGUUUUUUGGUUUUUCCUGUCCAGGCCUUUCAAAACUCUCUCACUGAUGUGCGCGCCCGUCUCACCUCCUUCCUCCAAACUUCCUCCGUGCUUGAUUUGGGCUCUCCAUAGGCAACUGAACUUGCCUGACUAAGCCGGUGCAGUUAUGAUUACAUACAGUGCCCCUGCCCAAGUGAGUGGCCUGUGCCCUGGGGGAGGAGGGGACCGACCCUGUCACUUCUGCCUCGGUAAUGAAACAACAUCACAUUCCGGGCCAGUGCAUCAGAAAACAUGGAGGGAUCAAUGCCGAACAGCUGGACUCCAAUGAGUUGCUGUGCUGGUACAGCAGGCUGCUUCAAUGGGCGCAGCAGUCGUGAAAAUCAUGCUCUGUUUGGGUGAAGCUCACCUGAGACAAGUUUCAUCCCAACUCAGUUUGAUUGUUUAUAGGUGGAGUUAAAGUGUGAGUGUUAUUUUGAUGGUAUCAUUUACAACAUUGCAGCACACAACCAAAUUGCGGUAUCUGAAAUAUUAAUCUGAUCCCUGUGAGAGGCAUUUGGAAAUGGCAUGUGUUUUAUCAUCCAUGAGAGCUUAAAAAUUAAGCUUCUACCAUAAUCCAACCUCUAUCACUAUCUGCUUGCCAACUGUCACCCUUAACAGAGCCAAACCUAAAUCCUAUAUAAACCAGAGAAUUAAAAUUUAACCUAUAUGUUGCUGGAUGACAUCAGGUAUCUCUUUAUUUUUUGAUUAGUGACGUUGAGUGUUGUACCUACCUUUUGUUAAGUUAUGCAGCUUGUCACUCAGCGUAUUCAACAUAUUCAUAAAGUCCACAUUUUAGGGAAUUUUUAAGCAUCCCUCAUGAAGCGUCGCACUUUAACAUCAUGAUAGUUCACGCUGGAUUAUGCCAUGCAGACUCUCUCAUGCAUGAAUGGCAUACAAAGUCUUCCAUUAGUUAUGAACUGAGGCACGUGUCUUUGCCUCUGCAAGCAAAUAGAAGUGCUUGCAUAACACAUCUCAGGCCAUAUACACACAGCAGGCUAUGAGAAGUGAAAGUUGAGUGUUCUGUAAAACAACGCCGUUCGAACAGAGAGUCUCACACUGACAACAUUUCUUCUUGUAUUUUCAAAAUCCUGCAACGGUUUCGGUGUAGCAAUGUAGCACGCUGUAUCUCUUUCUCUUCUCUUUACACGUACAGUAACUGUGCAGGGCCAUAUGGCCACAAUGGAGAGCUGCAUGAGGUUAAAGCAGACAAAAGCAGACCUUUCUGUGAGAUAAAUACUGCACAUGAAUCCAUCCAAUCAUGUGGCCUGACACCCGCCCCUGGGCCACAGUGCGCUGCAUCAGUGGCCUGUUUUUUCCGUGACACACAGGGCACAUCACUUAGAGCGAGGCUGUUCAGAGUGCAAUAACCCUGCGCAGUGUACACGACUCAGGAUCACGUUUAGCGUGUUGUCUCGGGGUCACAACAGAGAUGAUUUAAUGGCGUGAUGAUAGGCUGUGUGUGUUCUGAGAGUCAUCUGAUUUAAUGUGCUGCUCACUGUGCGUGGGGGGAUUGCUUAUUUGUUUCUGCGGAACAAUGAGAAGCUGCAUGCUCCUUAGCAAAUAACUCUGACAGAUUAUGAGACAGCAAUCAACAUUUAUGACUUUUUUAAACCUCAAUUUUAAACAAUAGCAAAUUACCAGUGGAUAAAGAGAGAGCAAAGGGUGCUGCAACAUCCGCUAUCAUGUUUUGAGUCCUUCAGAGCAGAUUUGCGCCUCACAUAAUAAGAAGGAAGCUACUUUUUCAUUACUUUAUGGAGCAGAACAAACAGGAGAUGCACUCAUUUGCAUAAAAUGAUGAGAGUUGCUCCAUGCAUAACAAGAAAACACAAAUUAAUAUAAUAAGAGCCGCUGUUUGGCCCUCACUUCAGGUUAAGGGAGUAUUUGUAGAAGCCAUUGACUGCAUUUAUUUUCAUAAUGUGGUUUAUACUAUUUGGCUACAAAUCUGUGCUGGUAUAAUUAUCUUUUUUUUGCCAUCACAGAAUAAUGCUAAAUAGGUCGUUAAUCAUGAUUAAUUUAACAAAUGAGAAACCAAUUAACAAAGUAAGAAAAAGCAAUUGCUCUCGUUUAAGCCUGGGAGGUCCUCUUGCUGUUUAAAUCAAAUAUUAGCAUCAAAGUGCACUACUUCAUGAAACUGCUUUUUCAGUGUAUCUUUCCUCAUUACUUUUUCUGGGCCACAAUUAAUUGUCAGUAAAAGUAGAGCACCAACAAGCCCAACAGGCAAAAACCAACAACUGUCCUAAUAAACCCGUAAAUACACUUAUGCCAUAGACAGGAAGUACACAGAAGUCGAUGGCAGUCAAUGAGAUCCCAGGAUAUCACAUUCCUCAAAUCAGAUAGCUACUCUCGUGUCAACACACUACAGAAGCUCCUCCCUGCUGGCCUGGGAGGAUAGGAUUUGCAGCAUCCAGCAAUUAUCUGUAAUGUGGGAGAAAAAUCAAUGUGCCCAUGGAAAGCUGCUAAGGUCACCAAGCCGGCGUUGCUGCUUGAAUCAGAAGCACUGCGCCGCUGCAGGCUGAGCUCCAAGCCUAUCAGGAUGCAUCUGUGAGAACACGCAUCACUUGUAAUGCUAUGGAGUAUGAUAAUUAUUGACCUGACCAUGUGAAAGAUAAUUGGGGUUUUGCAUAAGCAGAAUGGACAGUCAUCAAGGAUUCUGGUUGUCCGUUAACACAAGUAUAAAUUGGUUUUUAAAACAUGCUUAAAAAUGUAUUGUUUUAUACUUACAGUGUUGUUUCUUAAAUUUAGCUUAUUGAAAAACAAUUGUUUCAUACAAGUUCUUGAAAGUAGAAGUUGCUGCUAUCUAUUCUGAUCCAAUCACUGAUCGGAUUUGCCAAUAUCUUGAUGAUAUAACGCAGAUGGGUGGGGCGCACGCUCCAAUACUAAACAACUAAAUUGCUCAACACAAAACCUUACAGUUGCCAAUCAGGUUUAUAUCUUAAAAACACAUGGUGCAGCCUCAGACUCACCUUUGUUGUUCUGGUUUUUGGUCCAAACUGGCACCAACACAAAUUUCAUUUUUGCCUGUACUGUCCAUCUCCAUGUCUUCUCUCUGAGGUCGACACACACAAACUGAAGCUAAUGGCCAGCAGGCUGAAGUGAACCCUCUUUGUGGGUUAGAAGAUCCAGGCAGCACUGCAAGGGGAGGGGAGGCCUCCUUGAAACAUUGAUAGUCUGGUGUAAAUUCUAUUAACGGCAAAGGGAUAUUCAGAAGAAUGAAAAAUCAAUACCUUGUGGCCAGUAAUGUUUGAAGGAUCAGGCUGAGUGGAAAUGUGAGACGGCAUGGCCCAGCCCUGACGCACAGACUGCUUCUGUAAGUGGUUAAUCAAGUGCUUAUCUGACAUCCAGAUUGCAUUUUCCUCUUACCAUUACUCCCAUUUUCCCCUUCACUGUAGAGAUGGUGUGCUAUCAAAUGUAAGAGAUGGUAAUCGGAGUAAUGAUAGUGAGAAUCAAUCUGAUAAAGCUGCACUCUAAUGAAGGGAUAUGAAGGUAGCAUUUUGUCUCAACAUCUCAGUAGUCAAAAGACUCAAGUGGGCUGGCACACAUGAGCUGUACACGUUUGAUUCUCAGACUGUGCAGUCUCCUGGAAAUGAUGGGGUGUCUGCGAUGACUCACAGAGUUAAAAUAUGGCAUUUCUGCUGUGUUAAAGCAAACCUUACCAUUUUGCUGAGAUGUUAAAUAAGGAAAAGGGGACAUACAGCGAUAUGAUGCAAUCAGAAAAUGUCUCGCCUACACAAGGAAUGUUUUAAAAUUCCUCCCAUGUAGCUGCCAUUUAUGACAGAACCAAGCCAUUUACAUUACAGCUUAUUGUUGUUUCUCAAUAUCUGCAGACUAAUGGCAGAGAGAUAGGUGUCAUAAACAGAAUGGCAUAUGCAACACUUCCAAAGGUGCUGUUUCAUUCUCUUUUGCAGGCCCACAAGGACAGAUUCCUUUUUUAAUGUGUACAAUUAAAGGUUUAUAACACUAGCAUGCCGCUGGCUGUCUGUACCAGGUCUGUGCUCUACGGCACACCAGCACAGACAAGUGACAGAGAAGAGGCACUGCAUCCAAUCAAGGCUAAGCUCAGUUAGACUGAUAAUGCAGUGUGUUACGUAUGAUGGAGGCAGCUCAUUACACAAGCAGAACCUGCCUUUGGCUCUUAGCUACACUUCAAUUUAACUUCAAGACUCUUGAGUUAACUAUGCUCAGUAGGGGCCACAGAUUAAAUCAAUACACAAACAAGGUCUUUUUAGGAUAUUUCAGCAGCUGAUUAGUUUGAUUAACCUUUCUCCUGUGUUAGCUUUUACUACACAACCGCCAUGUUAAGGGUCGGUUUUGACCCAUAUCUUAAAUCAGCUGUAAAUUACACUAAAAACAAUUCUGUACCAUCCAAUUUGGUUCUCAUUUCUAGGUUACCUUGUUAGGCUUCAUCAUCCAUGAAAAUAUUGCUUAUAAUAUUUUUUGUUGUGGGCCUCUGGGCCUUUCUUUGUUGGUAUGUCAUCAGCGACCCUAACACGGCAAGUGCCAUAAUUUUAAAGAGAGCAUUUUAUAAUUAAUCAACUUAUAUUUUUUAUUUUUAUUUUGUUGAAAUAGAGUUAAAUGUUUAGUAUCUAUUGGAUAAGUUAGAGAGUUAUGUUUCAACAUUGCUGAAUAAUACUUCUUAAUUGUGUUUUUCUUUGGUGCAAACUAGAGCUAUAGUAGAAGCUGAAAUUUGAAUUUUUUUGCUAUAGCCCUGGAUUGCAUCGACAUUCUUUCCUUAAACCUGAACAAGAAAGAGCAUUCAUUGUAACCAUCAGAUAGAUCCUCAGGGGUCUGAAUGGGCUCAUCGUUUAAUUAACUUCAACUUUGUUUGAGUGUAUGGAGCGAUUAUAUAUACCACUAAAACAUGAUACCAUUCAUAUGUGAAGGGCUUCAGGGUUAGUCCUGCAGCAUACACGGGUUCUAAAGCUUUGUCUUUUUGCAACAACUCAAGUUAGAGCCUAGAUGCAUGAAAAAAAAAAGUUCUCUGGAUUGUUUUACUCCCAUUAAAUUAAAGUCAUUUAAAGUAAACCCGUGGCUGUAGUUUUCUUUCAUAGAAAUACUCCACAGCUGUUGGUGGAGGGUUGAAUGGGGCUUUAAAAAUCAGAGCUCGGCAAUUCAUUUUGGCCCCAGGGUUUCAGAAGCAGCUUAGUCUGGUCAUUAUACCAACAACCCAGGUAAAUUCCCUGAGUGAGAAAGUCAUUGCAUAUUGCUUCCCUUAUGUAAACCUCAAAAAGCAAUGAAGGUGAACGACUGCCAUCUAGUGGCCCAAUCUUUAGUACUUUUUCUGGCCUUAUGGCGUGCUGACUCAUAAGAUCAUCUGCUGCUUGUCAAUCACAAAAUCAGGGCCCAUCUAAUAUCUUAGUUGUAAAAUUUUACCACUCAUCCAUAUUACACCUGAUGUGAAUAAUCUUCAGUGUAUUAAAUUUAGAAAUUAUUGUUGAUAUGAAAAAAUUACAUUCUUUUAGACAUGUAUUUACGUGUUUGAUGUGGACAAGCAUUUGGCCUAUCAUAAUCUGUCUACAGGUCUAAGCGGUGUGUAAAAGCCUACAUAAGAAAAGCUAAAUACAGGAACAGAGCCUGGUUUGCUUUUAUCUAAGAUCCCCCUCACUGUAUAAUGGCACUGGAGAAUUGACCCAAUAAAUCACUCUGAAAAAUUACCUCCCACAUAUAUCCCCAGAAACCUACAAGGUUUCCAGAGAGACAGAAUUCUUAACGCCAUCACUGCCAGCAGGCUGCACAAACUGCUCAUCACUGUCCUACUUCAUCACUCGGCACUAUAGAGCGGAGUGCCUCUCGAAAACUGUUCAGCUGAUUAAGUCAAAUCUGCAUUUGCGCGCAUAAAUAUGAAUUACAUUGUACAAAACAAAAUAAUGAUAAUCUUCUAAGCUUCUUUUCUAAUUGGGUGUAUUUAUCCAAGCAUAUAUUAAUUUCUGAGCUACUCCAAAAGCCCAGGAACAUGGCAUGAGUGGGAAAAACAUUCAUUCUGACAUCUUUAACAAGGUUUCUGCUGGUGUACACUCCCAGGGCCGCACUCACCCCACUGAGGAAUGACACGACGGGAAGUCUGAUGAGAAUCUGCCAGGAGUCGUACUCCAAACCUCACUACCACCACCAAAUAAGUGGAUGAAACGCAAAGGCCUUCUCUUAUCACCACUUCCCCUGUCUGUUUGGUGGACCCUGCUAUCUGAUGAAUCCUUAUCGAAGCCUUACAGUGCUGGUUCACAUGUCAUGUUAUCACACAGGUCCUUUCCCCAGGGCUCCCACAGGAAGAGCCUGUUCCCAGGGUACCACAUGCCAAGUAUCUCGACUGCCUUAUAGUGAGGGGAAAAAAUGCACCGCAGUCAGGAAAGGCCUGUGAAUUUCGGUAACAUCUGUCCAGCGAAGGGGGCUGUGAGGGAUGUCUAAAACUGGCACAAGUGACAGGGUUUUAAAAACAUCUAUGAGGAACUUUUGCCUGGUAAAGAAACAGACAGAAAUUAAGACUGAUUUCAGAUAAAACUGGGAAUAACUGGAAAGGUUUUCAUGGUGUCUGUAACUGCUGCUACUGAGCAAGUGUUAAAGAUGCGAGUUUUAAACCAGAAUACCCCCAAUUCCUCUUUGCACCGUAGCUUUAGAAGUGUUGUAUAUGAAGUAACAUUAGUGCUGAAACUGCAUAUUCUCUUCCAACUCAAAGGUUUCUUUUAAAAAAAUGUGGCACAGUGUGCAGAAAUGGUAAUAUCCAGCAAUGUCUGUAGUCAUUAUAGAGAUUGAAAUGCUCCCUUUGAGGACAAGAUGCAUGCUACAUUUGGUUUGUCAAGUUUUUACCAUUAACCCUAGAACACUAUCGCUAAAAUUAGUAACACCAUCACUAUCGCUGGGUGAUUUUUACCCGAAAUUAUAUACCCAAGUAAAAGUACUUGUCAUUCAAAAUAUCAAAAUAGGACAAUACAUGACAAAUUAAAGUUUUUUUUAUUUUUAAUUUUUAACUGUGCGAGGUCCAAAGGGAGGAAAAAAGUGCCAUGAAGGGACCAUUUAAAAAUGCAACAAAAAAUAACUGAAAUUAGGCAUUCAUGAACAUAAAAUUCCUUAGAAAAAAAUAUAUAGAAACUGUAAACUUAGUUUCUUUUCCACCCAUUCCUGGGGCAUGUAAGUCUUCCCUGGUGAAGGCUCAGGGUCCUUGGCACAAUAACAAUAAUGAGUAAAACAGUAACAAAAAUGAGUAAAAAUGACCAGCUGACUAAAAUAUUUCUUAUCACCAUUCGAAUUCCCUUGAAAAUCACUACUCUGUGAUAGUUAUUUAUAACCACUGCACUAAAUAAAGAUAGCAUGCAAAUUUUAGGACCACUCUUACUGACCUUAUUCCCUACAUGCAGCUAUCAAAUCCACCCAAACCUUCUUUACCCUCUAUCACUAUUGCCGGGUGAAAAUCAUCCCAACACAUGCCUGUAGGAAAAAGCAAGUCUGCCUUCAAAGAUGUCAAAAGCAAUGCUGAAGCUACCCAGAUACCCAUUGAUACUUAGACAAACGCAACAUAAAGAAAAUCACGUAAACAUGUCUGGUCAGGUGAAAAUCACCUGGCGAUAGUGUUCUAGGGUUAAAAACACCUAUCAAUAAUUUCACUCUCAGCCCAACAACCACUCUUCUCUUUGUCUCCAUACAGGUAAAUUUCCUGUGGCUACUCAGCAAAUGCAAAAAGACAUGUUAAUGGUUUGUCCAUUCUGUGGUACCAUAGAAAAUAGCAAUGCAAGAUGGCAGUCUCCAUGGAAGAGGACCUGCUUUUAUGUUGACAUGAAGGUAAACAAAAGCAAAAUUAUUUCUUAUUUUCAGGUGGCAAAUGGAUACAGGGAUAUACUUAUAUAUACAUUUGUACCAAGUCUUUUUUUUUUUUCAUAUGAAACUUAAUUCAGUGUACAGUUCCUUUAAGUCACACUCGUAACGUUUGUUUUGAAGUUAUGUAACCUAUUACAGUAACUGGUCAGUGCUGCAAAUGUAGCAGUAAGGUUGGUAACAAUUACAAUAACCAUAACUUAUAAAUGGUAAGCAGAUAGUUUAAUAAUGUUUAAUCGUCAUUUAGAAAUUGCAUAUAGACCAUUAAAAAAAAUGUAUAUUUUACAAUUUUAAAAAGACCUAACCCUAACCUUAACCCUAACUUUACAACAACCAUCUAAGUAAUGUUUAUAGAUGGUUUAAAAACCAAAUAUUAACCAUUUACAAUGUGCUACUAACACAUUUUAAUCUAGAUGUUUUACAACCAACAUUUAAACCCUAUAUAAACCUUAAAUAAAUGGUCCAUUUAUGAUUAAUGAAAAUUAUUAAUCAUAAUUUAAUUGCUUGUUAAUGGUAAAGUAACUUUUAACUUACAUAAAUGAACUAUCUAUUUGCAAUUUAUAAUUGGUCUAUUUGCUGUUUUUAAAUGAUGAUUAACAUUAAUAAACUAUGUAUUUACCAUUUAUAAAUUAUGGUUAUUGUAGAGUGUUACCGAGGUUUUAUACGCAAAUCCGUCUGUAGUGUUUGUAACCGUAAUGCCUCUGUUACUCGCGCACUGCAAAAUGUAAUGAGGGCUGGUUUGACCGCAGUGAUAUGUGGGAGGUGACCAGGGACUCGACGCGCGUAUUUCAUACUAUCAUCGUGACGCGCGUGGGACCCACUUCUACUGCUGCUGCUUCUUUAGUGAGGUUGUCCCUUUUCAUUGCGCUUUAAAUUGUGGCGACAUGACGCACUUUUUCAGCACUUUUAAGCAGAAGUUGUUCAUUUAAAUGAGAGAUAUGUCCGCUCAGGGAUUGUUAAGCAGUGUUUUCUCCUGCUCGCUGAGCCCCAAAAUCAUUACCAAGCGGAGGCUGAGGCAAACGAGGAGUUUGGAUACGGCGCUGAUGGGACAUUAUGGGGCAGAAGUUGAAGAGACGCCGUAUAAGGUGAGUGAGAUUGUUGCUGUGACUGAGAAGAAUCAGAAAAGUUGUCAGAUAAGAGUGGCUGGCGUACCCGAGCCUGUGCUCAGAGAGAUUAAAGGGUUUGUAGGCGAUGUUGUUGUUAUGGUUUUGAUGAGUAGCCAUUGUAAAGUAAACGAGUUGGUUGAUUUUCUGUACAGACUUAUUUGGACAGUGAACCAAUCACUACUGGCAAGAACUGUGAGAAAACAAGACAGACAGAGUUGUGGAAACAGAGCAUUCAUACUACAGAAGUGGCUGAAAUCUCCUGAAGGAUGAUAUCUCCUUGUAUAAGACUGUCUGAUCAUAGAUUUCAGCAUUUUAAAACUUUCUACCUGUAUAUUAUGUGCACAACUUCUUAUUAUUUUCUGUGAUUGUUAAGGGAUGAAGAAACUAAGUUGUCCCAGUCCUCUGUAUUGCAACAUCACCAGGUCUAUGACUAACAUGACAAACAGUUUAACUUCACGUGUGACCAAGUCAUGCUCUAUAUAGUUUGAUAGCUGCAUCACUGUACGCCAUCUAUGAUUCAACCAAGUUUUCAUGAUGAAAUGAUCUCAGUAGAAACUGCUGCAUGCUCAAACUUGCACUUUAUUUUGAAAGAGCUGUGACUGGAAACAUUUGUCACAUUUGGCAAGGGUUUGGUGUCACAUAUGGUAAGUGUUUCAUAAUAAAAAAAACACGUAGUUCUUGAAGAAAGUAGAACAAAGAAAGCUUCAUAACUCACAACAGUUGGAAAAAAAAAAUCAAUCGUGAAUCCUUGUGAAGCCCUUUGAACAGGACCAUCAUUAGGCUUUACUGCAAAUAUUUUCAUGCCAAGUCAUCCUCAGAAAAGAUGUCUCUCUCCAGUGUUGCUUACAUAUCAAGUAUUCCUUUUAUAAUAUGAGAAUUAAACUCUGGAUUUAAGAUAAUUUGAUGUAUUUUUCCAUCAGCAGCUUCUUGGAUAGUUGUAUCCUGGAGGAGGUGUCACGUAUAAAGUUCAGAUAAUUAGUGUAAAGAAUAGGGAAAAUGCAUUAAAAAUUCAUUACACGGCCAUUUGCAUCUCUCCUGUUGGUCAUCUGUCAUCCUUAGCCAAGCAGCACUGCUGUGCUAUAACUAGUCCUCAUGGUAACACUGUUUGUUUAGUUUAAUGGAAACUUGUUAAAGACACGACGUUAUAAUAGGCUUGUAAUGAAUACCAGCAAUGGGAUCUCUCUGUUACAACAACAACAAGAAGCCAGCUCCUACAGCCAGAGCUCUUUGAAAUGUAAUCACAGUAAAUCCAGAUGAACUUGAUUGAUAUUGAAAACAGCUCUGUGUCACAGAGGAUAUUCAAUGUGAUUUAUUAUGUUUGGGAGUGCCUGUGUGUUGCUAACAGCAAAUGGUUAGAGAGCUGCACAACAGCUAACACUUUGUUUUGUCAGUUAAAAAAAGUUUUGCUCCAAAUGACAACCAUAGACACAAUAAGAAAACAUAGGUAUAACAGAUUUCCUCAUUAGCCACAGUUCAUAUAUAUAUUUUAUUUACCAAAUACACAAAAGCCUUUGAGGUGUUUGCAGACUGUACAUUUCUGCUACUGCAAUUUUAGAGCUUUAAAGGGCUACAGAGAAAAAAACUGCUGCCAGUAGAGCUGAUGUCUGAGGUGCUUGAUCCUUCCUGAGGACACACAGUUACACCGUCCGUCAGCAAACCUAACUCCAAGUCAGUGAGGAAAGUCACAUUUAUUGGAUACACAAACAUCAAUGAACUCAGGCUGACUUUUUUUUUCUGCCUUUGCACAAAGUCAUUCCUCAACCCAAUAACAGCACCAGCUCCACAAACUUUCCUUUUAUGAGCAGUACUAUAGUCCAAGUCCUGUGACUCAGGCAGCCAAGGCUUCUCGUAAAACUUACAGUAUUCAGUGUGUAUUAUUAACCUGGUUAAGUGAGUGAAGGUCACAUCAGGAAGGAAAGACAAGUUACAACGCACUAAGGCUGGUUAAUGAUGAGCUUUGAAUCAAUAGAAAUCCUCUCCUUUAAUUUGUUUGCUGUUUUCGCUGCUGUGCAUAAAAGAUCACAAAAGGAUGACUCAUUGUAAAAUGAACCCUCCUGAUCACUUUAAUGGGUGUCAGAGCUGCAUUUUAGAGCUAGGUUGCAGAUCACUGGCUGUACUGGAGGUGUAGUUGUCUGGACUCAGAUGGUAAGCUGAGACAUCUGGUUUACAUGAAAAGAGCCCCCACUUUUAUUUCUUGAAGUUGAGCAGCAUGACCUGAUCCUUGGCUUGAGUCCCUCAGGCACAUAUUUCUUCCCACAGGAGACCGUCCAUUUGCAAAGCAUCGAGCUAGACCUGCUGACUUGAAACUGCAGCCCCAUGACAUCCAGUUUGAGUCUGAUGAGAAGACAAAUAAACAGUGAUGUAGAUGUAAACACAGACUGUAAAUUAUAGUCUGAUAAAGCAUUAAUCUCAAGCACUACUGCAUGGCCACAUAGGUCACAUGAACAAGCUGGGUUAUAAUAUUCCAGAGCUGGAGUUUUUGUAUAUAGUCCUCCACAAUUUUCUUGAUUAUUCAACUCUAUAAUGUUAUUGAAUAGAAUGAAGAGGUAACUUGAAAACACAAUGAACUCUUUCGUAUAUUCAUCCAAGGAAAAGUAAUCAGGAAGAAAGUGUUAGAGAAGUAUGUCAUUUUGGACCCUUGAUUUGGAUGGGACAUGCCAUAUUGAAGUCCAAGCAAAAUUAUAAACCCUGUGUUUGUAGGGUUCAUCUGCAAAGCUUUAGACUUCAUCUUCAGUGGUAUUGAACAGCUUUUGAUAUCACGAAACAGGCAUGACUACCCCAAUGUUUGAUAUGAAUGUGGCGAAUCUCUUCGUUGAUCCACAGAAGUGUCUGGCACGGGUCACGGUCAUGUUGGAGUCAUUCAAAAUGAUUUUGCAUUUCAUUUUGGGAUUUUCUUGGACUAGCUUUGGGAUAUCAAAACUUUAUUGGAAAAUUUCCUCUUCGAUAAAAUCUUGAAUGUAAAAAAAAAAACUUUUCAGAUUCUGUUUCCACCUUGUCUGCACAAAGACUUGUCCUUCAAAAAUGAUGAUUAUGUAAGGAACCUUUGCAAUAUGUGAUUAAAUCUUCAUUCACUUGAUUUAAUGCCCGAGUCUUUAGGAAAAUUCCUUUACAAGUAACAAAACAGCCAGAUCAGACACGCAGCUAGAGAAUAAAUCUCCCUUCGCUCUGGUUUCUCUGAGAAAGCACGCAAGUUGCAGAAACUUAUGAAACCUUUUAGUUAGCCAUUUAUCAUUCUGUUGCAGUAACGCAGUGACAAAAUGAGAUCAUUAAUCAUUGGGACAAAGAUGCAGGACUGGCAGUAGGUAGCAUCCAAACGGGAGAUUUGUGCAUUAAUCUUGUAUGAAGCAGAUUAUUCUUCUAAAUUUUGUGAAGUGCCCAUCACCAUCCUGUCACAGAGGCUAUUAGCCCUACAGUUUAAGCCCUUCAGUUUAAGACUUCACUCUUUUGUUUUGAAGAGAGAUAACAAAAAAAAUAACUUUUAGCCACAUUUUGUAAUCAUACCCUUUAUGCCUGAGACAGACAGACAGAAUAUUCAUGUUGCAUUCUAAACAGAGGGACUCGUCAUAAUAGCACAUAUAGUCAUUUUAGUCCUCGAAUAUAAUGAUUGAAUUGGUGAUCACCCAGAAAUAUAAACAAGAGUACUUUGCUGUUAGAGUGCUUAGAUUAAAUGGAUCCUGUACUUAAUCACUCUGAGCAGCAUGGACAAGCAUGAAUGAAACAAAGCAAUGCAGAAUCACACACUCCAACUCCAAAAUCCCAACGUUGCACAGGAGUCAAUUUGAACCCGUAUUCUAAUGCUAAGAUUACUUUAAAUCUCAAAGUUGGAUAAACAUUCAAUCUUAACACUUGGCUGAUUAAACUCAUACCCCAAAGCUGAAUUAACAUGAAGUUCAAAUCCAGUGUUGGCAAAGUUUGGAGGUCAAAUCAAACUCCUUCUGUAAUUUUGUGAUUUUCCAGAGAUGGUAAAAUGUAAAAUUGGUGCUCAUUGGGCUUAUAUUAAUAAUACCAGAAAAAUUGCAUAUCCUUGCAGAAAAAGCAUGAAGAUAUUGCUGAAUGCUGAAAAAGCAAUGCAAAACUGCUAAAAAAAUUGAGGUAUAGAUGUAGAAACUGUCAAAGAGAUAAAGAAAGAGAAGAAGUGACGUCAUGUAGUCAUGUCAACAUGUGUUGAUGUGAGACUGAGACCAGAUCCCGUCAUUAUAAGGCUGAUGUCACAUUCCUAUAGCCUGAGUUAAGAUCUCCAUGUUGGACUGACUUUGGAUCAGGAUGUGGUGCUGACAUCAGAUCCAAAGCUCUGAUCUAUGUUUUGGUAGAUGUUGUAGCUAAAUGUUGGAUUCAUACAUUUGGCAGCAGAACAUCAAGAUAACUUGCUGUCAUCACAUCCUGAUGUUAGGGGUUGCGUCUUUUCCUAACAAGGAACCCAAGUCAGAACCGAGGGAUUAACUAAAAUUCCAGCUCUGAUACUGGGAUUACCUCAGAUCCGGACUUCCAUCUGCGCCUAUCUUUAAUUAACCCCAGACCCCAAUGAUAGGCCUGUUCUCUGAAGUAAGACCUUAGCAUUGCGCUGGACUUCUAUACUGUAGUUUAGUUGACAUCAGCUCCCAAUGUGGGGCUGACUUCAGAUUUGAUUUAUGGUUGCUGUCAAAUCCGUAAGUUUGGCUGAUGUUAGAUCCUGUUGUUGGGCCAUCCAUUGAUCCCAACCAUAGAGUGAAAUCAUAAUAUGAUGAUGAUAAACUGGCCCUUGGUCCAAGAGCCCAACACUGGGCUGGUGUCAAAUCCCAACAGUGGAUGUUAGGCCGCCAUCUGUACUGACCAUUAAAUGUAGGUCAUAAAAUCACAUGGAUGUGAUGUCAUCCUGAUACAUGAUCGCCUUUCAGUCUGUUGGGAUCUUUCAUUUCUAUGAUAUGCCUUUUAAGUUAUAAAAGAUUAAGAUAUUUGGUCCUGUGGUCACAUUUUUUUUUCAGAUUUAAGAAAUGCAGAAUGUAAUUGAUUGCAUUAGUUUUGUCUUGUUUUGAAAGACACCCAUAUAAAGUGAACACUGCUGCAAAUGUAUACUUACACGUGUAGGAUCAUAUGUUUGCAAUGACUUUAUGAACACCUUACUAAGGAUUAAAUGACAUAAAUAAAAUCAGAAAGGUAAGAUUUACAUUAAAACCCCUCAGUGUUUGACAAAUUAUCCCAUUCUGUUUCUAUUUACAUUUUAAACAGACUCACACUUUCUUGGAUACAGGGCAAAACUUACAGUGAGAGUAUAGGGGCUUUUAUGGGAAAUUCUCCCCACAAUGGGCCGCUGAUGUUUCCUGAGCGCUGGGAAAUAUUCAUCACCCCACUGGAUCUAGUUCAAGUGGGUUUGAUUGGUGUAAUCUGAGCUUUCAAUCUCUCUAUAUUGUUUGAACUACCUAGCAUGUUUCCUUUCAUUGUAUCCAAGAGAGUACAAACCAGAAGUUUUGUGCUCCGCAAGCAUUUAAUCUAAAGCACUGAGCCAUCAGGAAAAAGCACACUACUGUGGGAGUUAGAAUAAUUGAUAGUCUAAUUUGAGUAAUGCAAACGUUUGAUCGGUUCAUGAUUAAAGUGCUCAAAAGAGACUUUGUUAUUUUGCAUCACAGAAAAGUUCCUCUAAAGUCUGUCACAAUAUAAGAAUGAAUUGUAAGCGUUUUUAGUAUUGUACCUAGUUGACUGCAUACUCAGACAUCAUGUUAGAACAUGACUGAUCCAAACCUUAAAUUAUGAAUGACGUUGCUAAAGGAAUAUUACGUUAAAAUAUUUGAUAUUGCGUAAGAUUGGUAAAACGCUUUAAUCUAAUGAUGUCUCACCAAUGACUGAGAUAAACUGUGGGAACCCAGCUUAACCUUGUAUCAGAUAGUGAGAGUGUUCCCACUCCCAUAUAGUCACACAAGAGGAAUGUCUGAACAAGAUUGGUGGAUAAACACACAUGACUAUAUUUUGCUGCAGCUCAUUUGUCCCCUGAUCAUCUAUUACAGUGCCCAAAAGAAUACACUGGAGGCAAAAAGGGAGUGACUGAACACAGUACAACCAUCUACCAGACCUCUGCUUUUCCCUGGUACUUUAUAUGCAUACAACGAGAAACUCUAUGAUAACAUAAAAGGCUGCAAAGAGAUAAAUAUGUCUUAAACCUAAGAAGCUUUUCUAAAUAAUCAACAGACUGUUUUGUGAUUGGCAUGAGGACCCCCAAAAUUGCCAAAAUCUGGGUUUCCCGAUAUGAUAUUCAUAUUGGUUAUCGGUCCAAUAUCAACAAAAAAACGAAUAUCAGAUUAUAUCUGCCUGCAUCAAAAAUAUUCUCUAAUACAAGCAGUCCAUUCCAGACUCCACUCUGGCACCUCUAUCGAGCAGCGCCCAGAUUCAGUAUGCAGAGCCAACAUGAUCACGUCAUCAGUGUGUACUAAGGUACUAAUGAAGUAGCAAGGAGUAGGGGUGAAGUUGGCCAUGUGGUAGUAUUUUUUGUUUAAGUCAGAAACAGGCAUUGCAACUAAAUGCAAAACUUGUUUGUGUUAAGUUUGUGCUAAUAUCAGAUCAAUAUCGGUAUCGGCCAAUACUGAAGGCUACAAUAUCAGUAUCAUUUUAGAAGUAAAAGUUGUAUCAGAACACCCCUACUAUAAGAUUAAGUCAAAGCUCUGCUGUAGUUUGGUAAAAAAAAAAAUCAGUGGAUCAGUUGGACUGGAAAGUAUCCAGGGACAGAAGGAGUACUAUUGAAGUAUUCUACUAUUAUGAAGAACAGAUACCUUCAUUAGAUUUAAUGCAAAUAAAAGCGAAACUACCAGUCUGUUCAUCUACUCGUGUAAAAGUUAAAAGUACAUUAUCUAAAAUGGAAUGAAAGUAGCAGUAAAUCGUUGAUUUUCUUGUUUGAAAAUGCAGUUGCUGCCUUUUAUAACAUUCAUCUGCUGCUAAUGCGUCAUCUCUAUGUUUGUUGUACCUGCUUUCCCAAUCCUGAUUAUUCCACACGUCAUUCCCUAAUAGGAAUGGAGCACAGGGGAAUGCCAGCUACCAUUUCUACAGGAAACACAUAGCCAGAGGAAAUAAGCCUGACGUGCCACAUUCUUCUUACUGUACUUUGUCACACUCUAUUUGUACUAGAAACUAGUAUGCUACUGUAACACAGUCCUAAUUCUCCUUUAAUGGAGGUGAGCCACUUUAGUAUAAGCCUUAUCCUGAUAAUGAGUUACUAAGCCUCUUUAGGACAUGACUCAUAUGACUGGCUUGACUGUAGUGGAUCAAAGCUCUGUAAUCUCUGGCACAAAGAUGCUCAGAGGUUGAGGAUUUCAAGCUAGAUUGUUUGCCUCAUCAUUAGUACAGUACUUACACUUAAUAAUAGCUUUUCAGAGGCGGUGUUUACUUAUAAAGGAGUGACUGAUAAAGUAUCAAGAAAGCUUAUUCAGAAAUCAGUGGGGUAUGCACUCAAAUUAUGUGCUGCCUCAUGCGAUUUAUUGCAUUAGGGAUACACAGAAUAAGAAUGAGGUGUUUUUCAUUUAGAGACUGUGGUGAUGUUUGCAUUAUUUAUACCCAUACUUUUGAUGCUUAAAAAUGAGAUACAGUCUCUCAGUUUCUCAAGUAUAAAUUCAGAUCAGAUUUGUCUCUUUUUCCAGUGUUUGCUGUCAGAGUCGGUCAUGGGAAACAGCUGAAGAUUAAUAAUAUCACCGUUUUUAGGCGACAAGAGGAGCUAAAGUGUCCGUCAGUUCAUGCAGACUGAGGAUCUGCAGAGCGUGUAACUGGUUGUAAAUGCAAGCAUUGACAGCAUUGAUAGAUGUAGCCGAUGUGUUGUGUGAAUACCUGUGUGUGUGUGUGUCUGUGUGCGUCCUCAGGGCGACUUCACCUGGAACAGCGUGUCGGGACGCAGCGUCGACUUGAAGCCUGUCCCCCUGCAAAGCCUUUCAGAGCUGGAGAGGGUCCGCCUCCAGGAUGUGGCCUUCAGACGAUUGCUGAGGGAUUGCGACCUGGGCUGCCACAUCAGCAUCCCUAAAUGUACUAAAACACCCACGCUUACACAACCUCACAAAUAUAAACAUAUAACUCAGUGUUGAUUUGCUUGUACCUGAAUGUCACUUUAAAUAUAUGCAGACCUGCAAAAAAGCAGGAAAUGUUCUUACCUCUUCCCCAGAUGCAUAAAACCCCUUUCUCAUCAUUUUAGUCGUAAACUGGUUCUUAUUUACGCUGGAGUAUUAGGGCCACAUUAAGAAAAAAAUGUAGACUUCGAGAUGAGAAUUAAGUCUUCACUAACGAGAGUAAAGUCAUAAUAAAGUAAUCACUUGCAAGAAUUAAUUCUCACUAAAAUCAUUUCUUAUGAGAAUAAAGUCCUAAUAAAAUCAUUAUGAUAUUUAACCCUUUAAUGCCUGACACCACAAAUUAUGGCCAGAAAAUUCACUUUUUUUUGGAGCCGAAAUGUUUAUUUCACUUAGUACCAAAAACCAAAAAAAUCAAAAUGUCCUUAAAAUUUAACAAAUAUAUUUAUUUAUCUCGUUUGAUACAUUAGAUGUUUUUGGAAACUGAUAAACUACAAGAGGACAUUUUUUAUCAUUUAUUGGACUGUAUUCAGGUGUUUUUUUUUGGUAAUUUGUUGAUUAUAUUGAUUUGAUAGAAGUAUAUAAAAGUAUAAAUCAAAUAUGAUACAAAAGGCAUUAAAGGGUUAUGAUGGUGUGGUGCUGAUGUGCCAAAAGAUCUCCUUGUUUGAGAAACCUAUAUUGAAGUACAUUUUCACGAACUGCUCCAUGGCUCUCAUUUUAACAACUGUCAUCCUCAACAUAAGGUUAGAAUAUAAGGAUAUUAUUCUGACUUUUCUCUUGUAGGUGAUUACUACGACUUCAUUCUAACAAGUAAUUUCUUUAUUACGACUUUAUUCUCGUUAGCAAUGAUUUCAUUCUCAUAAAUAAUUUCUGUAUUACACCAUUAUUCUCGUUAGCAAUGACUUCAUUCUCAUAAGUAAUUUCUUUAUUACGGCUUUAUCCUUGUUAAAAUAAUAAUAAUAAUAAUAAUAAUAAUAAUAAUGAUAAAAUUACUUUAUUCUCGUAAAUUAAUCUAAAGUCUUAAUUUGUUUAUCUUCUUUAUGUGGCUCUAGUUCUCCGUCAUACUUUUUCUUGCUUUGAGGUCAAACAUUUUUAAGAGAUUUCUCUGCCUUUUUUUCUAGAUGGCCACAAGCAUAAGAAGUCACUCAGGAGGAAGCUGGACUCAUUAUCUAAAGAGAGGAGUAAAGACAAAGGUAGAGUUUGAUCGAGUGAUUAUGCUCAACUUUAAGCUUUGUCGUUCUGUGCACUCUUCAAGAAAUAUGGUUUGGCCACAGCUGUAGACUCAGUGAAGCAGUCAUUCUCAGUUGUUUACACUCAAGAAUCGGCUGAUCAUAAUCUACAGAGCUGUAAAGAAGUCUCAGAGGGAGCCGCGAUCUUCCUCUGCAGCCCGCUGCAACAAUCUAGCAGGAAAGUGAUGUUCUCUGUCAGAGAGGCAGUCAAGAGAAAUAACAAAAACAAUCUUAAGUGGAGGCUCAUUCAUUACAGCCUAUCCUCCGGCAUGACCAGCCCUCUCUUUCCUCUUUUCUUUAUCUGUUUACAGAGGCACUUCAGAAACUAUGUGCUCCCUGACUCUGAUUAUUGAGCGAGGACUUCAGAGUGUGUUGCGCACUCGAUAUUGGCAUUUAUUUUAGAGUUCAAGUUUGAAUAGAGAGAAUGAGAAAGAAAGAAAACACGAGUUCCAGAGGGCAAAAUGCAUAACAAGACUUACAAAUCAUAUUCAAUAUCUCCUAUUUGACUUGGAGCAACAAGAUGAACUUUAAGUCUCCCUGUCUUACCCUUCCCCCUCACACAGAGACUUUGCCCCAGGCGUUUGGCAUACCGCUGUCUCAGGUCAUAUCCAACGACCGCACACACAAGCAGAGGCACGACCCCCCACGGGAGGAGCACAGCGACCCCACUGAAUUGAUGCUGUCCUUCCUUCAACUCACCUCCAGCUUAAAAAGAGCCAACAAGGAGCUCUCCAGCAGCAACUCGUCCCUCAGCUCCACUUCUGAGACUCCUAAUGAAUCACCGCUGCCCAGCACACCAGACACAGCCCCACGGACACGCAGGAGGGUAGGCUGUUCUGUCGAUUAAACCUGGCAUGCUGUAAAGCAACAGGAAAUGUCUGAUUGCACAUUCACACUUGAUUUCUCUGGGAGUUUGUGACCUUUUAGGAUAUUAAGUCAGUGGUUGGAUGAAACAGGACUGCAGAGCCUUUCAGCACUAACAACAGUCACUGCAUUGUUCUCACACAUCUGCCGGACAGGGUGGAGUAUCUGUGGAUUGCAUCACAGACCUCGAUGAUAACCAGUCUCGCCUGUUGGAGGCCCUUCAGCUUUCUCUGCCAGCAGAGGGGGCCGGAACCAGGAAGAAGCUACACGACAAAAAACUCAGCCUCAACCCUAUUUACAGACAGGUGCCCAGGGUGGUGGAUCUCUGCUGCCAGCACCUGGAAAAAUACGGUAAAUAAGACAGUAGAGGCUGCAGAAAUGCCCGGGAAAUGUGGAAAUGUAUAAUUCAAUCACAAAUGCAGUUUAAUCAAAUUGUGUGAGUCUUUGCAAUUUGAAGUCUCAUAAAGCUGAAUAUUUGCACUGAAAGAGCCUCUUCUUCCUCUCUCAGCUCUACAGACAGUGGGAAUUUUCCGCAUCGGAAGUUCCAAGAGGAGAGUGCGACAGGUACAAUUACAGCAUGCUGUGAUUUAACAGACCCCCCAGUGCUUUAAUAAAUUUGAUCAAAUAUGAGAAACAUGUUUUUUCUGAUGAUCAUAAUAAUCAUUUUGAGUCUUCUUCCAGCUUCGUCAGGAGUUUGAUCAGGGUUGGGACGUACAGUUGGAUGAGGAGCACAGUGUCCAUGAUGUUGCUGCAUUGCUGAAGGGAUUCCUCAGAGACAUACCUGACCCUCUGCUUACGAGAGACCUCUACACAGCCUUCAUUCACACCAUCUGUGAGUCGAACACACAUCCACACAACAACAAAAAGGCCUUGUACACACGUAGCUGGGUAUUUUUAUAAAUGAAUAUCCGACCCCCUCCAUUAAAAAAAAAAUGUCACGCACACACAUCAUUGUUUGAAAAUAACAAAAACCCAAAAGUGUGCUAUUGAAUGCGGUUAUAAUCAUGCCAGACCUGGAGUUUGUAGAAUUUGCCAAAAAGUUAGAUCCAUUCUAUCCAAAUCAGAGCAAGCUCCCCUUUCUCAUGAAAAUGCUGUGUGGUUCAUUCAUGUGGACUGACAAAGAGGUGAAAUUGCUGUUAAGCAUCGUUUGGAGUACAAAGUCAACAACACACAAUAAAGUUGGAGGAAGGGUUAUUUGGUGUAGAAUAACGACUGCAAAGCACUCCUUUUCCUUUGCUCCUCACAAAAAUAUCUAUUCUGUAUAUAUCUGUACCGUCCACUGCCUGACAUAAGCAAGGGCGCACAGUAUAUGACGUUUAUCUAUUAGUUGACGUUUGGGAGUUUAAAACUCAAAUUAUCUAUGUCAACGCGCAAACGCAAAACCGGAGUUUUCCAAAAUCUUCACUUUGGCCGGAGUUUUCCAAAACCACAGUUUUUAAUGACGUAUUCAUGCGACUUCAUGUGGAUGACAGGCCGAAUCGUACAAAAUUAUAUUCGUUUUAGCAGAAACACGGCUACGUGUGUACAUGACCUAAGUCAUUGUGCUCUUGUCAAACUUUUAAUCAAUCUACUUUUUUCUAACAGUGCUAGAUAACUCAGACCAAGAGAACGCCAUCCAGCUUCUGGUAUUUCUGCUCCCUCCUUGUCACAGUGACACCCUGCAGCGGCUCCUCUGCUUACUGUCAACUGUGGCUGCGCGUGCUGAAGACAGCGUGGAUAAUGAGGGCCAGAAGGUAAGGAAAAUCUACAUCCCCAGCCUCUUUCUGGCCCGUGAUGGGAAUAGAUUUCUAUACGAAUAAAAGUUAAUCCCAUCUGCAUAACCAAAAAAAUAUGCUGAAGACAAGAGCAACUAUCUUAUGGUUAUGCUAAGUAACAAACUGUUUACAAGUUUAAUGAGAUUGUGAUGAAUCCCAGCAGCCAUCAGAGGGCAGUAAGACAGCUGCGUGUAACAUCUGCAGCCUCUAAUUUGUAGAAAGCGCUGAGCUGAGGAGCAGCACAUUAUGCAUGAUGACCCAUUGUGGGUAUCUUGAUUAAAUGAUGCAAAACUACCACCAAUCACCCAUCUGUACAAUAGCUGCACAAACACUGUGCUGCUACAUCAAUCAUAUUUUCUGUCAUCAUUUGUCUCCUCUGUUGGUCUGCUGUAGACAGCGAGAAGUGUCUGACAUAUGUAGUGCCGUAUAUACUAAUGGGAGCUGGUCUCUGGCCGUUUUCAGAUUAAAAUGUCUGCUUAUAAGAUGUAGGAUUUGUCAUGUGAAAAGAUAUUGAUGAAUAAUCCCCUCUGCCUUUCUAGAGCUUCUGUUAAGCACACGCUUUGUGAACUCUUUCUGAACCUAACCUCACACUUUUUCCUAGUCUUUGCAGUUUUAGUGCACAAUGUGAACUUCAAAUCCCUUUUGUUAUUGUGUUAAUCUCGUGUGUUAAUCUUACUUUUUUACUACUAAUCCUUAAAUGAGGUUAAUUGUUUCCCAUGAAUACACGGCUGGUUUAUACUUGGCUGUAGUCCAGUGUAUACAUACUGUAAGGGUGAAAGAGAGGUCUGCAUGGUCUCGAACAAAAAAGAGUUUUAAAAACAGGAGAGCUGGUCUUAGUAAUGACGUCAGGGCUGUUUUAGGUAGGCUUCACAUUCCCAACAUUUCCUGGGUGCCAGGAAGGGUCUGUCUGCAGAGUCUCACACACAUACCAGUAUUUAUUAUUAUUAUAUGGGACUUCAUUCCCAUGCAUACUGGUGUAUUAAAUGAGAAUUUUGGGUAACUGGCUCCAUUUAUAUCUUUAAUAUGAGUUACGUGAUCUUAAAAGACGUAAUUUCAUUUGCAAAGAUUGAAAAAUGCACAGGCUGUCAUAUGAAAGGUUGCCCAGAUAAUCUUCUAAGUGACAUUUUGGUUUCAAUCCAAGGACAAUGGGUUUAGAAUAUAAUUGGUUUUAAAUUUCAAUGAUUAAUUGCAAUUAGUGGCAUUUCUAAUUGCAUAAAAAAUUCCAUUAUUUUGCAUUUUAAAUAGUUUGUAAGCUCGUAUUAGCAAUGCAAAGCAAUUCUUUUCGGUGUCUGAAUUUGGAAACCAAAUGAAUGCACUCUUCAGGGGAUUCAGUUCAGUUGGUUAAUCCCUGGUUUCGUACAGGUCCUGUCUAUGUGAAAGUAUUGCUCCCUGUGCCAAUAAAGCUUAUGUCUAGUAACAACAUGCCAACUUGCCAUGAUGUCCAUUAGAUCAGAGUCCUUCCCAGUGUUGACUGGUCUGCCGUCCUUUUAGAAAGCACUGAACUUCUCAUUUUAGUUUCAUCCCUAGGCCUGUGGUGAUUCCCACACUCUGAAAUAGUCCCACGCUGGCUUUUGCAAUGUGGUUUCCCACUGAUAUCUGUCUCAUGAACUGCUUAGCUCACAGAUUCAGUUGGACACAAAUAUAUGUCAUUUGAUCUACCAACCAACCAGGCUGGAAAUUUUUAAAAGUAACUUGUGCCCAAAAAUUGUGUAAUUUUCCAACACGGUGGUGGCAGACAGCAGGAAAACACUGCAGUGGCUUAACUACAGUGUGCCACAAGGGCCAAAAUAACAGUGAUUUUUUAAAAAGAGCUUUUUUAGGGACCACUGUUGCAUCAUUAUUAGCCCUACUCUGAUAUUGCACCAUUUCAAAGUAUCAAGUUAAAUGGUUAGUUUAGUUUUACUCAUAAGACAAAUUAGCCUGAUUCUUUAUCUUCAUUUUUUUCUUUAGAUUACAGGAAACAAGAUGACGUCCCUAAACUUGGCAACCAUCUUUGGACCCAACCUCCUACACAAGCAAAAAAACCCAGAUAAAGAGUUUGCGGUUCAGAGUUUUGCACGAGCAGAGGAGAGCUCAGCCAUCAUCAGUGUGGUGCAAAAGAUGAUCAGCAUAUAUGAUCGACUGUUCAUGGUAAGUUUGCUAUCUUUACUGCAAAGCAAAAGACAUUGAAAGAAUUCUUUCUGACAUUGAGUGUUUGAGGGAAGUUUACUUUAAUAGAGUAGGGAGCUAUCAAAUAAAACAUAAACAUUAGCUUUAAAGUUUAAAAGAGUCUCUAGCUUUUAUUGUUGCUGAUAAAACUAAGUGGGAUUACUGUAAAACUAAGUAAUUCAUGUUCCUCUCUCCCUUGAACCUUGUGAAACGAAGUUCAUUUACACUCUAUUAAGUGCUCUGCAAAUGAGUUUCUGCACUGCAGAUGUUAAUAUGUGUCGCUUCUACUUCUGAUAUGAAUGGGAGCAAGGGCAAGACUCUCAUUUCCUGCAUUUCAACAGAAACAGGAACAGUGCCGAUGCUCUUAAUUGCAGUAUCUAAAAAUGAUGAGUUAAGGAAGCCAGAGGGCAAAAAAAGAGCCUGUCAGACAUUUGCUCUGCGUCAUUACUUCUGCUUUUCUAAACUGCUGUUAAUUAUUCUCACCCUAUAUGAGACCACAACAUGCUGUUUCCUUUGCAGUAGACACUGUUUAUUAUCAUUGAUGUUAAAGUUCAACUAAUGUUUGGUUUAGUUCAAGUUCAUGUGGAGUGGAUCAUUAAGUAGAGCAAGAACACAAAUCUUAAUAUUAUUCAGAACAAACACAUUCACGCUGUUGUUGUGAUCUCUCAGGUGUCAGCUGAUCUGCAGAAUGAGGUGCUGAUGAGUUUGCAGGAGACUGACCCAGACGUCGUGGAUUACUUACUGCGGCGAAAGGACUCUCAGUGUUCGUAAGUAAAAAUAAAGACUGCGUUAAAGGGAUAUUCCGCCGUAAAAUUAAUUUAGGGUCAAACACACUGUAACACCGAGUUAGAUACCCCCUCGAGAGAUACAUGUUGCCGACUGCUUGCUUCUCUAGUUAUACCAACUUUAGUAACGUCCGCAUGAUAGCAAUACACAGUGGCCUAAGGAGUCAGCACAAACCUCAACCAAAAAGCCACUCUAUAGCCACAAAUAAUGCUCAGAACAGCACCUAACUUCAUCAACAGUACAUAUAGGGUCCCAGUCAUACCACUAGCCAUCAAAUAUCUUUUUAGCUUUGCCUGAUUUCUUUAGCAAAGAGACUAAACACAGCUCACCGUCUCUCUUCCAGCAGCCUCUUAUUUGCAUGGAGACCUCGGGCGAGCCCAUCACCAACUGCAACGGGUUGAUGCAGCUCAAGGAAGAACAUUAAUGAUCAUUACUCUAUCAUUUUGUUGAAGUAAUAAUCACCAUAUUAAUCAUUUGCACUGCAGAUGCAGCAGUUCCUCUGCCUUAGCAUCUCAGUCUGAUUGCAUUUCCAUAAGGAAAUAUGUAUUGCUGUGUAUCGCUAUCCUGCGGUCAUUGCUAAAGUUGGUAUAACUAGUGAAGCAAGCAGUCUGCAAUAGUCAUCUCUUGACGGAGUGUCUAACUCGGUGUUAUGGUGUGUUUGACCCUAACUUAAUUUUACACCGGAAUAUCCCUUUAAGACUCGUUUCACGUGUCAUUUGAACUUAUCAAUGAGUCCUUUUUGUUUCUGCAGAGAGCAGGACCUUUUGACAGCAGAGGACUCCUUCUCAAUGACUGACAGGUUCUUAUCCAGCAACUCCAUCAAAGCGUCUAGCGGAGAGGUGUCUCCCUAUGACAACAACUCCCCUGUCCUGUCAGAGCGGCUGCUUUGUAAACAUCUAGAGGACAGCAGUCCACUCCCAGACGACAUCAGCCGACUAUCUGGACAGUUUAAACCCAGCAGUCGGUCUAAAGACGGAUCAGGCAGCACCUCUCCUACACUCUCAACAGACAAAGGUGAAUAUAUUUGAGCGAUCCGACGUUCAAUUUAAAGGAAAAGGUUGAAGUUUUUGUAAAUAUGCUCAUUCCCUUUCUUUUGUUUGAGGGAUAAGGAGAUUUUUGCCAUUUUAAAAAGUGAAAGGGUGCAGCACUGUCCAAAGGAAGAGUUGUUGGGAAUGCCUUUAUAUUUAUACGUCACAAUUGUUUUAACAUAUUACUAUAUACAGCAAACGUACCUACACAAACUCACUUUUUGUUUUUUUAUCAGAACCAGGCUGCUGUUUCUCCCGUACCCGGUAUUUCUUUUGAAGUUAAGCUAACUGGCUGCUGGCUCUCCCUUCAUAUGUACUGUUCAGACAUGAGGGCGGUAUUGAUCCUCUCAUCUCGCUCCCAGCAAGAUUAAGCAUAAUUCCCAAAAUGUUUCUCUUGGAUUUGAGUCAAAAUGUUCUUAAAGACAAGAAAAACUCUCUUAUCUUUCACAAACAGCAGCUCUGUACGCUCAGUCCUUUAAGAUGGAUGAAAGAGAUCUAAAUACACUGUCUGGCCAUCGAUAUGGGAAAUGAAACUUGCCAACAUUUGUAGGGGAUAUUGUUUACAUUGACAAUAUUGUAGUGAUAGAACCAAACUGAGUGUUGUUGAUUUUUUUUUUUUUUGCUCUUUUCAGAGGCUGAGAAUUUCUGGGACACCUGGCAUGAGCUGUUCAGCAGGGGUUUUAGUGGCCAUCAUGUCACUGGUAAUAGACUCCCCUGUAUAUGUUGCUGCAGAUGGUCUUGAUAUAUGUAAUGAAUGCGUGAUGCUAAUGAACACUUUCUCCCAGGCUCCCUUGGAGACGUGUCAGAAUGUGAGUCGUAUGGAUCAUCCGAGGGGCUGAGCAGUCACCAGGGUAACAACAAGCCUGCAGGACCAACACAGACCUCAUUGGGCAUGCUGGAAAACAGACCACACCCCCCAGUGACUCGUAGCAGCAGCAGUCCCCAUGACCAGAGAGGACAGAGACAACGGCAAUCAUCAUUACAUCAAGGUUUGAGCGGCCAAUCAGCAGCCAUCAGCUCAGACAACUUAGCAGAAAGGACAGGACACCCUGCAUGUUUGUCAUUAAAGGUCAGGAAGGAUGGUUUGACUCCUUUCCACUACUCGGGACAGCUGAGGGAGACUCAUAUUUCUCACUCCACGCCCUCUCUUUUCUCAUCAAAGCCAGACUUUCAAACUCCACAGCAGUCUCAGAAAAGCCCGGCCCCACAGACAGACUCAGACAAGGACCCUGAAUCACUGAAUGGGCCGAUGGAGCAGUGGCAUAUAUGGCAGAUACUAUCAAAAGAGAAUGCAGACGCCCUUCCUGAGACUUUAGUGUGACUCACUUAUUGACUGUAUUCAACUAUAAUAACAAGAGAGGACUCAUUCUUGUGACUGUUUUGCUGUAGAAGUGAUUCUCUCUUAUAAACUGCUACAUCAUAAUGCAGCUUUUCUUUAAGAUAACAUGUUCACAUUGAGAUAUUUAAAAGGCGUUACCUUUGAGAACAUAAUAUGUAAUGUUAUUGUGACAUAAAAUGCUUUGGAUGAGAUUUGUAAUGUCUAUUUUAAUUAAAACAUGACACAAAAACAAAGCUUUUGUAUUGAUUUGAAUGUGAGUUGAAAGUGUAGAAUAAAACAGGGACUGUUUACUGAUGCUCAAUGUAAAAUAUACCCUCUGUUUUGCUUUGGAGACUGGAUUGUGACAGAAGCUACUUAAUUACAGUCGAUAAAUGUUUCAGUCACUGUAUAAUUUCCUCAAAAAAUGCUGUCAUCAGUGUUAACACUGCAACAGCUGUUUAGGUUUUUUUUAGAGGACUGGAGAGUUUGAGUAUUUAUUAUAAUAUUAUAAAAAAAACAGAUUAGGUUUUAAAAACUGUUUAAAACUGUAUGCCUUUGAAAACCUAUGGUGUUUGAGUUGUAGUAGCAAUCAUAGUUGUUUUUUAAAGAGGUUAUUUGUACAUCAUUUGUAAUUUUUUGUAAAAUAUGAUGUAGCAGAAGGUUGAAUUUCAUAUCAAGGAUGUAAUGUAAUGUAAUGAGACAGUUUUGGUGUAAAGUGAACAACCGAACUGAGUCUGACCAAGAUGUAUGCAAUAAAAUAUGCAUAUUCAUGUUAACCUACACUUGAACAAAGAAAAUCUUUACCAACAAACAUAAAAGUGUUGAAAGAUUUAAGAUGUGUGCACUCACUACUACAUUGUAUAAUGACAUAGAAUCAUAUAUCUAGAUUCGUGCCUGUAUGUAUAAAAAUAGGCACAGCUUAAUUAAGCAUUCAGAAUCAGACAAGUUCUCUAAAUCCAGGUGAAAAUCUAACUCGACUGUUUCCCUGUGGUGUUAAUCAGAGGCGGCAUUUAAACAGAAUUAAAUUAAGUCUUUCUAAUCAGUUUUUAGUUUGUGUCGGCGGGGGAGACAGAGAAACAAAUACCCAAACUGACCACAGGGGGGAAGUAUAAGACCAGGGAAGACUCUCCUGAUCCCUUACCUCCUCAUAACAGACAUGAUCACUCUGGACACAGAGUUGGUUUAAACAACUCAUUUCUCAUCAAACAGCCACAUUAGCCAUGCUUCAUUUCUUUCUUUAUGUUCAUAAAGGUCCAAUUUUAUGCUCAAUUUGUUGCGACACUUGAGGAGUGAUUUUUCUUUUAUCAGCAGCUGCUUAAUCUUGCUUUGUUGAAGUGGAAAUAAACAUUUGGGCUGAGACAAUAACAGUGAAAUUGACCACUAAAUAUAGUUCAAGUGCUUAAACUGAGAGAUGUACUUAAAGUUAGUGUGCAAUAAUAAUAUUGAAUUGCUUUCCUAGGGGUGAACAGGUUACAGAUGUUAAUUUUGAGGAUCCAGGAUUUCUGGCUUAAACAAUACAAGGUUUGUCAAAAUAAAAUAAAAGUGAUGGCAAUAAAAUCAAACUUAAAAUUAACUUCACCAGCACAAACAUCUCCCCAGCCAAGAGGUAAACUCCCCUCCUAUUAAGAGAUCCCUGGAAAUCUCCUCAGCACAGAGAUUUGUGGUUAAACUCUCCAGCCAUAUCUUCCCCCAAAGCUGUAUGAGCCAAGCAGCUUUUGGCUAUCAUACACUCCCAAUCUGUCCAGACUGACAAGACAGGGCAGGGUGUUUGGGUGUUUUUUUCAAGGAGAAUUACUACCAUUUUCCCCUGUUUUUAUACCCAUAGACUGCCUCAAUGACAAAAUCUCUAUUUAUGUCCUAACUCCUAACAGGCCAGCGCUGGAAAAAACAGGACGCUCUUAUUUCUUUCCAUGUGACCCAUCUCCUAAAACAGGCAACAGAGAUCAAAUAUUUAAUUUCACAUCUUAUCUCUGCAGCACUGAUGGAUGUAAGUUGAUCCUCUGGCAGAGAGCAGCUACUGUUCCCAACAGGGGGUCCAUCCUGUCUGAGUCUGUCCGCUCACUGGCAUCAGGAGCAGCUGCGGGGAGGACGGAGGAAGGUCACUACCAAAAAUGAGCCUGAGUGUCCAGAAAUCAGAGAGCCCCAGUCCUGGUGUUUCAAGGUCGAGAUUGAUAUAAGAAUCCCUGCCGAGGAAAAAAUAGAGCUCAGAGGAGCUCAUUAAGGUGUCAGUUAUGGCACCAAACACAAUGCUAUAAAGCCUCAGUCCAUUUUCUGCCAUUUAAGACACCAUCUGUGGACUACUUAACAUGCUGCUGUACAAAUGCUUUCCAUCUUAAGGGUGUCCUCCUCAAAUGUGGUACUGAUCUAGUUUUUUCUAACUGUUUGUAUAAUAAAUCAGGGACUGUGCCUUUAACUUGAAUAUAUUUCUUCCAUCAUAUGCAGCAUUUGCGUUUAAGAAAACUCAGGCAUGAAGCUAUUUUAAUCUGAUUGGUGACCUUAUUGUUCACACUUGUAUCCAAAAAGGCAGUUUUUAGUAUGAAGGAACAACAACAGGUGACAGGAUGCUAAUCUUUAGUCCAGUUCGGGACCAGAUAGGCUAAAUGAGAAUAUUUCCACCAUGCCCACUGCUGCACUGAUAAAUCAAUGUCGACUAAUUUAGAUUCUGUGCCAAACUCACCUCUACUCAAUAGUGUGAGUUUUCUGAAGCAGUUCUUUCUUGUUAGCUUUCAUUAAUUUUUAAUUAAAUUUCAAGCCUUUCCAAAUCAAUGCAUUAAUGCCUGUUUGGUUAGAUUAAAAGUAUACUGAGAGACACUUUUCCCUCUCUGUUAUUGAAAGAACACCAAAGCCCCAAAUCUCAUUUCAUUCUCAACAUCUGCUCUGCCUCCUGCUCCAGUUGGAACAAAUCGAACAAAUAUUUCUCAUUUUGAAACAAGGCCCACAUUGCACCCAGGAAAGGGUUAAUAAAACAUGUUGAGUAUGUUCAUUCGAAUGUCUGCGUGCAAAUGAUUAGUGUUCACAUCGGCCAUGAAAUCCAGUUUGUUCAUGAGCGCACAUGUGGUUUCUGCUGUGUUGGACUUUGGUGCUCAUAUCACCAGCAGUGUUUUCCUCCUCUCCCUCCUUGGUCCAACAUGAUACACCUCAGCAGUUCAUUUAGGAUGCAGACUGUGUGUCGGGUGGGACCGGGGGAUCAAGUUGGGUCAACCUUAAUAUGUCAGUUGUUUGGCAGGCGAGGCAGUGAAGGAUUUUCUGUUUAAACUGUGUUAGCAGCACACAACAAGACAGCCACCAAAAGGCAGUUUGAACAGACAGUGUUAUUCAGGCUUCAAUGUUGCGCAACAAACAAAGCAUUAUGUGGCUGAAACUGUGACUCCAAAGCAACAUCAGGGAUUAGAGGAUCCAGAUGUUUUCCUCCAAAAGAAGCCGAGAUGUUUUAUGAACUAAGACUGAAUCUGACUUCAUUUCACUAUCAUCUCUUUCAUGUUGUCAUGUUCGCUGUCAAUCUAUCAAGCAAGUCAAUUAGCAGUCACUUCUCUAAGCUCUCUUCGAAGCAUGUGUUUCUGCAGCGCUGGAAAGGGGUUGUCAGAUUAAAAUAUGUCCACUUUUCAUCUGAUGAAACGCAGCAGGGCCACGUGAAAAUAGUUGGACAAUGAGGCAAAAGGGUGGGGGAUAAUAGGAAAAAUACUUGUGCAACUCUCUGCUGUAUUAUGUUGAUAGAAUAUGUAGCAAAAACAAGUUAUCAUCAGCAGAAAAUAUUCAAGUUGUUCCGGUUCUUGGAGAGAAACUGACAGUUCUCAGCGUGCUGCAGGCUAAAUUCCAUGUUAUUCCCCCUUGUGCUCUGAUUGCAAGAGAAGCUGCUGCUUGGAGACUGUAAAAGACAUAACAUUAAAUUAAGCCUCAAACAUAUAAUCAGCCUUUUUAUGCAUCAAACAGUGCCAGCAGUUAAUAAUUAAGCAGAGACGAGGUAAUCAUCACAGAGUGGCUUCUUAAAUGAAACAGUUUGACGGGGUAACAAAACACACAAAUAUGGUUUUGUAUCCAUGUGAGAAAGAGGGCUUUACCUCUGCACUUUUAAGAUUUCAUACUGAGAUGUUGAGCAGCAACAGAGGUUAUCUCUGAACCAUCUCCCAAAUGUGUCCUCCAAUACCCUGCAAGCAGGUUUCUCCUAGCUAUCUUGGUUUUAUAGUUAUUUCCUUUAUUUCCUUUUUUUUUGAGUAGGAAUUGAAAAAGGAGGUCUCAUAUGUGUCAUUCUUCCUUCUCCUGGGCUUUUCACCUCCUGCGUACCCCACUGUGUCACCACGAAAAUAUAAUACAGACAUACAGUGCUCUGGUACACAGGUAAGUCAGGGGAAAUGUGCUCUUUCUUUAGAAAAAUGCAGCAGCAACUAUUCAGCCUGUCGUCUCUAAAAUAAAGAUGUUGACAGCCUGGUGCAAAAAAAGAUUUUCUCUUCUUUUUCCCCAUGAAACAGGCGGUGAAUCCACAUUGCUUGGCCAUCCAAACCUAGGUUUAGAAUUUUGCAUAAUUAGUAGUUUGACUAUUUUGAGUGACAGCUGAGACUUGGGCUGAUUCCAGUCUCUUGGUUAUGCAAUACAAGCCCCAUCUGCAGUAUCUUUACCUUAAGACAUACAGUAUAAUGUUUGACUUGCUGUGUAUUUACUUAUAUUGACAGGAAAUUCAAGAGGUCUUGGUCUUUUCUGUCUAACUACUCACUCUCUAUACAUUAUUCUGCCAGUGAAAGAAACAACAAGACGAGAGGCAACACUUGAUUUUAUUGAUUUAAAACUGGUUUAUUAAUGUAACCGAAAAAAAUUGCGCUUACAUACAUAUAUUCAGUCUUAACAUCAGCCUGUUUGCACUGCUGUCGGUAUUACUUUGACCUUCUUGGUACAUGCAGAAAAUAAAAGCAGCACAUAUUCAGGCCCUCUUUCCUGUUAGUAUUUUCUUCUUAAUAACCAGACCUGUAAUGCUGCUAAAGCCCAUACUCUGCUGCAUUUUGUGGUUGCUUCUUGACUGUUUUCUUCAAUUUGGUUGAUGUCUCUUUUUCCCUCAGCUCCCCCUUUUCUCCAGUUUCUUUGCUUCCUCCUCUUAUCAUCUGUCUUUUGAUAGGUCGUUUGGAGCUAACCCAAUAAACUGAGUUGUAGCAAAAACAUCCUCUCUGUGUUAACCUAUGCUAUGAGAAAAUGAUGUCUUUGCCACAUUGUCAAUUGGCAAGUGAAAUCAUAUACUAUUAAAUAUUUAAGACUCCUUUUAGCAGAUUGAUUUGAUACAACAUGCAUUAUUUAGUCGACCCUAGCAUCACUCUUGCUAUUCAUAUUUGAUAACCAUUAUUAAAGGGGUUUGACCAAUCAGAAUCAAGCGUUUAACACAGCCAGGUGGUCAAUAAGAAAGCCUGGCUGGCUACCCUAGCGUGUACGGUGUAUUUCACGCUUUCAUUAUCAGCGGUGGUCUGUUCAUUCAGUCUGAAAAGAUUGAGAAGAGUUCUUUUCAGGAGCCUGACUAAUAAUUACCUGCCACAUCCUCUCCUAUCACAGACCUUGACAAGUGAGCAUUGAAAAUAAGUGAAAAGUGGACUUUGUCCCACAAGCUGAUUUCUAAUUAAUAAACAACUCCUGUCAGCAAACCACCAUGAAUAAAAAGAAAAGUAAUGCUGUCACAAACACUGUCAUUAACUAGCUAAUUAUCAAGCUAAUAGAUAGGGUGCCAAACUUAAUGACUGUUCACAAACAGUUGGCUCCAAAAUAAUCAACUGUUUUGAUAAAGUUUUUUAUUAUGAUCUUGAACUAAACUAUUAUAUUCAUGAUCAAAUCCCGAGUAUCAAAAGCAUGAAAUUCAUUUUGUAUCAGAGUUCAUCACUUGACCCAAAUUUAGAGGUGACAUGUGAAUGGUGCAGUGGCCUUCUGGGAUCUGUCUCAAAUUUUCUAUUAUGUGUUUUUGUUCCCUCAAGGCAGAUGUGCCAAAGCCUCUUCUGUGCAGUCCCAGCAGUGCACUUGUUGUGAUCCUCAAAGCAAAUUAUGUGAAAAUGUUCCAUUGCUUUGUCAGUCUGAGCAGGGAUGGCUUCAAUGAUGCACAAGAUAAAGCCAUGAACUGUUAGAGUCAGUUUGGAUCAUUUCUUCGUCAAUUGUCAAAUAUUGUUUUAUUGAAAAUUGAUAGCAACAGUUGUCUUUGAGACAUCUUUUUUCAUCGAUCAUUAGACAGUGUGCUGCUUUAAAUCUACUGUAAAUGUGUCAAAAACAUUUCAGUCACCCUGGCUGAUUGGACUCGCACUAAGGCUGAUAUUUAAGGUUUGCUUUGCUGGAACUUUGCUUCAGUCAUCAAACUCCACACACUUAAAUGAAUCAUACAGUAAAGCUGUAAUCAUCCCACUUUUCCAGGUGUGUGAAAAGUCCCUCUAAUUCCACCCUUUUUUUCCCUCCCAGUCUCCUGAUCUGUCUGGAUCCACAGACAGGCUUUAGAUGGAUGCUGCCAUCUUCCCUGAACAAUGUGAACCACAUGCAGGCUCACCGACGCCCCAAUUUACCCCAAAAUUAGAAUAAAGGAACUCAAUGCUUUAAUGAAUGCUGCUCCGUCUUAAAAGACACACUCAUUGUUAUUCAUGGGGCAGGUAUUCAGUUUGAAAGACAGACUAUCUAGUUUUCAUUCAGUCUUUCAAGCCAGACCAGGUCAGCUUGAUUGAAAGACUGAACUCAAUUUGAAAGAUUUUGUUAUGCAGCUGCAACUACUUCGUCCCAACCUCAAUCUUCGGCCAGAUUCAAACUCAUUUGUCUCAAGCAAAAAAGUUUGAACCCAGAUAGUCUGAAUUCCAACCAAGCAACCUUGUGUAAUUUCCACUUUCAAACAGUGAGAGUGAAAAGUAAGAUCAGAAGUGCAAUUCAGGAGAUGGAAAAUCGUGUAAAGGGCAGAAUUUAAUCUUGCAUUGGAGGCUCUUAGUGAAAAGGAGAAUCCUGUUUUUAAUUUGUUUCAUUCAGCUCAGGUCUUUUGAUCUUUGUUUGAUCUUUUUCUUUAUGACACAUUUUCCUUUUUUAAAUUCCCAUUAUGACCAUUGUUUAGUUAACCAAUUUUAAAAUCCUUGUCUAUGUACCAUCAUCAUCAUCA